GAGCAAAGAGACAGCCAGGGAGCAAAGAGACAGCCAGGGGAGCAAAGAGACAGCCAGAGACAGCCAGGGGAGCAAAGAGACAGCCAGAGACAGCCAGGGGAGCAAAGAGACAGCCAGGGGAGCAAAGAGACAGCCAGAGACAGCCGGGGGAGCAAAGAGACAGCCGGGGGAGCAAAGAGACAGUCGGGGGAGCAAAGAGACAGCCGGGGAGCUGGAAAAAGAGACAGUCGGGGAGCAAAGAGACAGUCAGGGGAGCAAAGAGACAGCGAGAGACAGUCAGGGGAGCAAAGAGACAGCGAGAGACAGCCAGGGGAGCAAAGAGACAGCCAGAGACAGCCGGGGGAGCAAAGAGACAGCCAGAGACAGUCAGGGGAGCAAAGAGACAGCCAGGGGAGCAAAGGGACAGCGAGAGACAGCCGGGGGAGCAAAGAGACAGCCAGAGGCAGCCGGGGGAGCAAAGAGACAGCCAGAGACAGUCAGGGGAGCAAAGAGACAGCGAGAGACAGCCGGGGGAGCAAAGAGACAGCCAGAGACAGCCAGGGGAGCAAAGAGACAGCCGGGGGAGCAAAGAGACAGCCAGAGACAGUCAGGGGAGCAAAGAGACAGCCAGGGGAGCAAAGGGACAGCGAGAGACAGCCGGGGGAGCAAAGAGACAGCCAGAGACAGCCGGGGGAGCAAAGAGACAGCCGGAGACUUCCAGCGCUAGAGACGGACUGACACUCAGCCAGGACAUCACAACCAACUGGAUUUAAUACCCAGAGAGACAGUCACUAAAUACCCAGUGAUCUCUGGACAGACAGCAUGUGAGGAACCUGCCAGACAGAGACAUCUGGGUGAGACCUGGGUUAUAUGUAACUGUCUACUAUUCACUGACUGUCUCUCUGUUCCAGUAACUGUCUACUAAUCACUGACUGUCUCUCUGUUACCAGUAACUGUCUACUAAUCACUGACUGUCUCUCUGUUACCAGUAACUGUCUAUUCAUCACUGACUGUCUCUCUGUUACCAGUAACUGUCUACUAAUCACUGACUGUCUCCCUGUUACAUGUAACUGUCUACUAAUCACUGACUGUCUCUCUGUUACCAGUAACUGUCUACUAAUCACUGACUGUCUCUCUGUUACCAGUAACUGUCUAUUAAUCACUGACUGUCUCUCUGUUACCAGUAACUGUCUACUAAUCACUGACUGUCUCUCUGUUACAUGUAACUGUCUACUAAUCACUGACUGUCUCUCUGUUACAUGUAACUGUCUACUAAUCACUGACUGUCUCUCUGUUACCAGUAACUGUCUAAUAAUCACUGACUGUCUCUCUGUUACAUGUAACUGUCUAAUAAUCACUGACUGUCUCUCUGUUACCAGUAACUGUCUACUAAUCACUGACUGUCUCUCUGUUACCAGUAACUGUCUACUAAUCACUGACUCUGGGUGAGGCUGUCUAAAGGUAGACAUGGCCUCCAGGGCACUCUGCUAGCAAUAUGGCUGGCUGAGCAUGAUGGGAGCUGCAGUCCACAUCAGCCGGUGAUUGGAAUGUUAUUGUGAUACAAUGUAUUUAUUGGAGCUGGGGGUGGGGGUAUCCUGUGCACAUCUCCCUACAAGGUGUGUGCUCACUCUCAGUGUGUCUGGAGUGUGUCCUUCAUAGCAAUGUUUAUACACACAAUGCUGGGGGAUGUCUGUCUGUCUCUCUCGUUCUAGAUUUCCUAUUUAAUGACUAGUGCAGCUUGUCUUUGGAUUGUCUGUAAGGGGAUGUUGUUUUAUCACCCUGUAAUGGGGGUCGUCCAUGUGAUGCUGGAGGGAAUGGGUUGUCAGAAAGGAAAGGUUUGGUCCAAAUACGCAUCAUGGCAGUUUGGGUCUGGACAGAAAAUGUGUGUAGUGUUUGUUUCCAGGAAUAGCAUGUUUCAUCAUACAAUACUGACAUUCAUUGCUGAGAUUACAAAGUAUUCCUCAUAAAUUAGCUGUAGGAUUCAUCAAUAGAAAAGGCCAGUCAUUAUCACACGUUUUAAUGUAAAACUAGACAAUAAUAAUAAUUAUAAUAAAAGGGGCUACUUAUCAUGGGGUGCUGGCAUCCAGGUUCUGACUGAUCACCCAGGGGUUUGUUAUAGAUGGACAAUGCAUCUCCUGUGCCACAUUACCUUUGCUUUAGAAUGAGUGGAUUUUGGUAGUUUAUAUGGAAAGGACAGAACCGUCAGAGAAACCACUAAAGCCAAGUAAAUCUGAUAGUCUGAGUCGGUUUUAUCUUGUUUUGGUUUUUAAAUAAAAAAUAUGUCUGAAUACAGACCAAUAUUUAGGAAAUGUAUAACCUAUUUUACAUGAGAAAUCACUUUGCUUGUUUUCUCUUGCAUACAGUACAUUAUGCAGCAAUGAAUUAGUAGUGUUUAUAGGACUCCUUUGUUUUACUCUAAUCCAUUUUAGACUUGCGCCUGAUACAACCUUUACUUUGAUAGGGUACAGGUGUCUCUGAGAUGUGUAUUGUGUAUAUUGAGGAUGGCUGUUUCACUUGUAUGUUGAUUUAUAUAAACCUGUAUUAUUGUGCUGACCGGUCUAACAAUUGCCAUUGAAGUGCCAGGCCCCUAUGUCUUAUGGUGAUGGUGGCAUAACCCUACAAUAAAUACUUGUAUACAAAUCCAAUGACUGCUUGGUAGAAUUCUGGAAUAUUUGAAUAUGUGGUUAUUGUAUUGGGAUAUUGCAAGGGAAAAAUACAGGGAUUUGUUAACUAAACACUGAAUUUUCAUAAAUUGCAAAAUGUAAACUGCAAAAAAUAUACCUGAGUUGUAGAGUUUUUCUAAAUUGCACAAUUUUUAUAUAAAUUCUCUACAAUGUGGUGUUUAGGUAAAAGAAACUGUAAUUUAAAAAAUAAAUGAAAUAAAAUUAUAUAUUUGUAUAUGUUAUUAGACAUGUUCUUUAAUCUGUAUAGAUAAUUAAUCCCCUAUAACGGAUCACCUGGCACCCCGACUGGGUACCUCAGUUGAUGGAUGCUCCUAGCGCUUCUUGAGGAUUCCAAGCACUCUAGCCAACACCACAACCACUGCAGUCCAAACCUCUCUUCCUUCAGAGCUAAUCAGGAACAAGCUCUUAAAAGAGCUUAGGAGUGAUUAGAGCAAGGGAAUAUGCAGAGCAUAGCAAUACCUUGUAGCAGAUUCACCUAAUAAGAGACAGGACUCCAAAUUGAGGGUGAAGUAGAACUGUCUAAAACUUUAUUUUACUUGGGACUAGCCCAUAUGGUCAUUACAUUAACAUUGCUGUGAAAACUCAAUAAAAUUACAAACAGUCAAAUCAUAGCAGGCAACAUACAGUGACUUAUUAUAACAUAAUUACAUAUUUAUAAAUGGGUGGGGAAGACCAUAAUUAACACAAAAUGUCUCUCCUGCAUGCAGAAUUAGCGAUAUGCAAAUCUACCCAAAUAUGCAAAUUACCAGUCUUGCUAUUCAGGUAGUGCAUAUUACCUUUGCUACCAACAGAGGGCACUAGACAAGCUCCAUAGCCAAAUCCAUCUAGUUGGUAACAAUCCUCAGCAGUACAGGAGAGCAGGCAAUACAUCCCAGGGGCCAUAGUCACAUGGCAGGAGGCUGGCAAUCAGUCUUCUCCAAUGCCCAGUGGCGAGGCUAGUUCCGCCACAUCCCCUAUAUUCCUUUUUUAAUGAAUAAAAAUGCAAUGAAACUUACCUUUAUUCCAAACCUGGCUCCGUACAGCAACCCGAUCCGCCAUCCUGAUAACUUUUGUCCAAUCAAAUGCUUCUGAUAGAGAACCAUUGAGGACACGGCACUUGCCAAACAACCACAGUUAUCCAUCAACCCAAUGCUUCUGUUUGAUAAGCAUUGAAUCUAAUACUUAUCCUAUAUAAUCACUGGAUGAACACAUUAGGCGGAAAUUAAUACUUUAUAUGCUGAAUGUCAGAUUCCGUUAUCGGGUCUAUUUAUGUCGGAAGGUUCUAGUAGUUGUUUGAAUGCCAGCCACUGUUAGCGCAAGCUUUGCGAUAUGUAAAGUGUGACGUUUCUGAGAAAUGGGGUUGUUUUUAUUUGCCAUGCUGCAGGGGCUGUAUCUAUGCUUCAUUAAGAUGAAGUGGUUUUAGUGUAUACUUCCCUUUAAUAAACCGUGCACUCUGUGAGUUGUCAAAAAUACAAAGAGAAUUUAAGGUUUUAUGCCAAAAUAGUCAAGUUUGAAACAUUCUCAGAGUCAGUAGUGUUUUAGGCAGAUUUAGUUUGAAGCACUGACUGGUAGGAAAUAAAGUACAGAAAAACCUGCAAUAGAUUUGUGUGGACAUAUAUCGCCUGUUAAUGGGCAGCUCUUUGGUAAAAGUUGCAGUACAUACAAUUUAUAUGGUUCAGGGUCAAUGUUACUAUUUGAUUCACUAAUCGCGACCCUCCAGUAUUAAUACAUGGAGAAUUGGCAUAGUGACUUAAACAGUGACAGAAUCAGUCUCUGAACACCGAAUUGUACUGAAUACUGAGAGCAGAAUGGCAUAAUGUAGUCUCACGUAGCCGAUGUGAAAAUAAACCAGAGGCCAACUAUGCUUACAGCUUGAUUAUUCUAGCUUGAAUUUUGCUAUUGUGUAUUAAAUUUGCUACAAUACAGUGUUUAGUAAAUUAAACCACAGUGUAAGAUUUCUUCUAAUUUGACUAUUGUACGUUAAAGUGUGAAAUCCACAUUGAAUUCCUGAGAAUUCACACUUUAGUACAUGUUCCCUGUCUUUGCUCAUUGCAGCCACCUACCUUCAAAUCACUUCACUUCAAUUAACAGUCUUUCUUUCACGUUUUCCCUUGACAGCCAGCCCCUUUGGUUCAUGUGUUCUGACACUAAGGGAGUCCUUCCUCUGGCCCCACUCUGAUACCCGGUGAUGGUGUCAGCAGGAUGCCCUGGCUGCCACUGAAGAAGAUUCGCAGGCAGUUUAAGCUGCUGCUGGUGUUGGUCCUUCUUACGUCAGCUGUCUGGGUCACUUAUCUGCACAUCAGCCUCGCGAGGCAGGGUAAAACGCUGCGUCUACCCUUUGGGUACUAUAGAGGUAACAUAUCUUGCCGCUUUGUGUGAUUGCAACAUGACCUCCUUACAUUUUGCUAGGGGUUCGUGGUAUAUCUUGCAUGUAAAGAACACUCAAAGAUUUGAAAGUUCAUUUCAAAUAUAAGUUCAAAAUAGUCAAACUGAAUAAAGUCUCUAAGUCAGCUAUGCUGUGAGUUUUGCUACUCUGGACUAUAAUGUAAAAUCCACUUUGAAUUUAAUUUACGGAUGAAACACUAUCACUGAGUCAAAGCUUCAAUCUAAAGAAUUUUAAAGUGAUUCCUUAUCCCUAUAUUAAAACAUAUGUAUUCGUGAAGUGUGAAAAAUAAAAGUAAUUGUAGAUAUUACCCCCCCAGUCCUAUGUACCUGGCAGUCAUCAUAGAGAGAUUACACAGAGAUUACUUCCCUGUCAUUCACAGUUGUAAACUAUGUACCUGUCAGUCAGUGCUAUAAACUCCACCCUAUGUACCUGUCAGUAAAUGCUAUAAACUCUGUCCUAUGCACCUGUCAGUUAGUGCUAUAAACUCCACCCUGUGUACCAGUCAGUCAGUGCUAUAAACUCCGCCCUAUGUACCUGUCAGUCAGUGCUAUAAACGCCGCCUAUGUACCUGUCAGUUAGUGCAAUAAACUUUGCCCUAUGUACCUGUCAGUCAGUGCUAUAAACUCCGCCCUAUGUACCAGUCAGUCAGUGCUAUAAACGCCGCCUAUGUACCUGUCAGUCAGUGCUAUAAACUUUGCCCUAUGUACCAGUCAGUCAGUGCCAUAAACUCCGCCCUGUGUACCUGUCAGUUAGUGCUAUAAACUUUGCCCUAUGUACCUGUCAGUCAGUGCUAUAAACUCCGCCCUAUGUACCUGUCAGUAAGUGCUAUAAACGCCGCCUAUGUACCUGUCAGUUAGUGCUAUAAACUUUGCCCUAUGUACCUGUCAGUCAGUGCUAUAAACUCCGCCCUAUGCACCUGUCAGUCAGUGCUAUAAACUCCGUCCUAUGCACCUGUCAGUUAGUGCUAUAAACUCCGCCCUAUGUACCUGUCAGUCAGUGCUAUAAACGCUGCCUAUGUACCUGUCAGUUAGUGCUAUAAACUUUGCCUUAUGUACCUGUCAGUCAGUGCUAUAAACUCCGCCCUAUGUACCAGUCAGUCAGUGCUAUAAACUCCGCCCUAUGUACCAGUCAGUCAGUGCUAUAAACUCCGCCCUAUGUACCUGUCAGUCAGUGCUAUAAACUUCGUCCUAUGUACCUGUCAAUCAUUGUUGUAAACUCUGUCCUAAGUACCUGUCAGUUAGUGCAAUAAACUCCGUUCUAUGUACCUGUCAGUCAGUGCUAUAAAGAGCACACACAGAUUAGAAGAAUAAAACGAGAUUUCUCCUCUUUGAAAAGGUUGCAUUGAACUUGCCUUAUCUGAACUGGAUUAUGAUGUAAUUGGCCACAUUUUUCAAAUAGAUUUAAAAGAAAACGACGUAUCUCAUGAAAAGUGUUUUCCUGAAUGGUAUAAAUUCCAAAGAAGUGCCUGUUCCUGUUUAGGGUUUUGUAAGUGAGCGAUGAUAGGUGCAGUAUGAUAUAUCAUGUAACAGAGCGGCACGGAAUAUCCUAUUAAAUACUGGAUGGAAAGUCUGUGUGCAUGCCACAUUUAUCUAUGAUUUUCCACUUAUCCUGACAAAGAACCCAUUGUUCAAAGGGGUUUGAAAUAUUGAUUUGGCAAUUGUUCAUAUUUUUUCCCCCUAAAGCAACACUCCAAGCACCAUAACCACUACAGCACACUGUUAGGAAAGCUGUGGUGCCCUGCUUAUGUAAGCAGUUAAACUGUUUAAGAAUAGUUUUACUUUUUACCUGAGGCCCACUGGGACCACGCAUCCAUCUUUAUAAUUAACAUUGAAUUAAUGUAAGUAAAUGGUAUACAAUGAGUGUGAGAAUUCAAUCAUUGAAGCAACAUUAGACACGAGACCAAAAAGAGAGAUUUUUUUAGGCUUGAAUUGACAAAAACCUUUUUAAUGUAUUGUGCGAUAAUGCAUAAUAAUGAUUUAAAAUAUGAAAAUGCUACACAGAAUGUGCUUUGUUUGCAAGAUGUGCCUGCUCCUUUCACUCCCAGCCAGCCGAUCACAACAGAGAGAGGGGCAAUGUCUCAGAACUAAUCACUGCUGAUGUUGUUACACAUACUUCAUACUGAGGGCUAAACCACCAGUGCUUUGAAAACACCCCAAUGUCAGACCCUCAGUAUGAAGGCACUGGAAAACAAAACAAACAUUAGUUGUGGGUUGUUCUUAGUCUUCACACAAUAUUACUCCCCCCACUCCCACACUCCCCUCCCUGCCUUUCCUCGGUUGAAGCAAGUCUGGUAAAUUUGCCCAUUUGGCCUUACUACCGAGUGCCCACAUAUAAUGUCACAAAUGUUAAAAUAAAAUGAAAGGUUGUGCAGGGAGACAGGUACAAAAGAUCUCUUUGUAUGGUAGCCUAGGCAAACAGCACAGUCUGUUCUGAUUCUUGGAGCGCCCCUUUAAAUAGGAAGUGCCAUGAAGUUAUGGACUACACAGGCUUGUUAUAAAAUCUACUUUUGGAGGUCUCCUGGCUUUGCCUCUUCCAUCUCCACCCUACUCUGUGAGUCAGGCACAGUUAUUCCAUUUGGCAAAUAACUGCUGGAAGGAGGCGGGAAGCUGUGGGAUCCCCUCGCUGACGGCAGGGUGUGUGUACCAGUGUGAACAUUCAGUCGCCUCUCCAGAAAUCACUGGGUUCAUCAGCCUUAGCAUUUUUUAUUCGGUCUUGAAUCUGCUCUGCAGAUGGAAAGUUAUAAGGCGGUAAAUCCCUUGCAGUUUAUAGAACUAGGUCAACAGAACAGGGAAACAAUCAUUUUAGCACUAAUUAGGGUAGAACUGCAUCACAUUGCACCUUGCAAGAAAUCAGGGGUGACUAAAAGGUAAACAACUACUUCCUCCAUGUCGCCCUACUAGAUGUUAGCAUGGCAAAGCAUUUUGGGAGUUGCAGUUCUGGCCAUCUCUGCAAUAGAAGGUAGUGUUUAGCGUAAUCGGGAAUUCGUUUUGCCAUAGCCUAUAUAUUAACACCUGGAAUAUCUGUGACCGGAUUCUGUUUUCAGUUGCCUGUGAAUAGAGUGUAACAGAAUUCCGCCUUGCAGUCCUCAUGAUUCCAAACUAGAAUCCGACUCCUCUGCUAAGUCAGAGUGGUCACAGAAUGGCCAGCCUAGCUUUUCUAGAGUAGUACAACGAAUGGCUCAUUCUAGAUAACUGGAUGUUUAUUUGCUGCUUUUGUGAUGGUAUUUGGACGUAGCGGUAUACCGGUCAGGGCUACCUUCUUAAACAUCUCAUUUGUUAACACUGACUAGUCUGGAGCUUCUGGCUUAAGUUUCCACUGCUGGGAGCUGAGGGGCAUGGGAUGAAAGACAUCCAUUCAGAGCAGUCUCUAUUUAGUCUGUGCACGCUCACACUUUCUCGGAGUGCCAGGAAGAGACCGCCUAUUUGUUUAUGCUGCUUUAUUAACCCUUUACCUGCUGGCCAAUUUAGAAUUUCCAACAUUAAAUUUGAAAUUUUAUUCCCCCAAGAAAUCCGCUGCGCUCAGUAAUCACUCUAACAUUUCAGGCAUUCUUGCUACAAGUCUUUGUAGUUAGAUUGUACCCACAUCUAAAAUAGGAAUCCAGAAUGGUACUGUUUCUUUGUGGAAAAACAGGAAAAAGUUGCUAUUUAGUGUUGUAACAUCAUUAGCUAAAUAAGUAUAUUUACACUAUCCUGAAUUCAUUCACUAAACCCUGAAUUGUAGCUAAUUGAAAGCCAUAUUGCAAAAUUUAGGAAAAAAUAACUACUUUAGAUUUCAGUUCACAACAAUUCAGUGUUCAGUGAAUAAACACCUAGGUUCUCUGAAUAAAUGUUAUACAUGUAUCUAAUUUAUCUUAAUCUAAUGCACACAUAAUACACAUAAACAAAAAAAAUAAUGCACACAUAAUAAUACAAAAAAAAUCACAAAAUGUGCACUGUAAAACCUUCCAAGGAUCCUUGUCUGAUUUAACCAGUAUGGCUAUACUGUGCUAAGCCCAACACUUUGUCCUAUUAUUCCCAUAUUGGUGGACCCUAAUAUCAUUUCAGCAUGGCAGAUACCAGCUACCAGCAUUACUUUCUGCUAAAACACUGCCGAGAGGUUCUCCUUGGGUGAAUGCCUUACUAAAGCCUUUCCUGUAUGAAGGUGUAAUCAACUCACAGGCUCCAACGACACAUUUCUUUUUUCUCUAAUCCAAUGUUUUAACAAGCAGCGGUAUCCAGUCUCCGCAAACACUAUACAUUUGACGAUAUGAAUUGUUUGUUUUAUUAGUCAUUUUUAUGAAUUGGUUUCUCCAUCUUGCCUCCUCACUAGAUGGGGAGAAACUUGAGGGGACUGAUCCUGCCCGCAGACCUGGAGGGGGGCAUGCCUCUCCCCCGCACACGCAGGCAGGGGAUUCUAGUGAAGAGCUUCCAACGGUGAGUGUAGGAGGAUAAAGAAUGGAAACCAUGCUCAAUGUGGUUGGGAACGAGGACUCCAAACGUGUUCUUUACAAUAUUUUUCUCCCUUUUUCCCCCAGGUGGACGGCAUAGUUUGGAGAAAAGGUCACAAGUGGCCCUCCAGUAUGAAGCAGGACAACCUGACAGAUUCACCAUUGCCCUGGGAAGAAAAGGUUAAGGAACAAUUUAAAAUUUCAGCAUUCAUUUCAGCAUAGAAACCGAGCUGUUGAAAUGGAUCAUUUUAAUUGUCUCAAACCUGUUUGCUCAUAUGGUCACUGGGCAGUAACUGAGGAAGACAGAAUAUGUUAUCAAUCCCUGACACCUCAGUCACUGAUACCACAGGCUAGCAAGAGAGCAGAUAUGAAGAGGCACAGAUCUCAUGGCCCCUAUGGACAGGCUGCCACGAGUCUCUGACAGCACUGUAUAAUUACAUACCCUGUUAUUCUUGCAGUGUAUAAUCUUUCUUCCCUCAUGUAGAAGCGUUAUCUCUUUGCUUUCAUGGCCGUUUAAUACCCAUGAUUUUUCUUUGUAUUGUUUGAUUUUCUUUCUGCAAAUCUCAGAAUGUUCUGCUCCCAUGUUUCUGGAUUUUACCAUGUUUGUAGCCUUGUCAUCUUCUGUCUAUAUUUUGUUUCACAAAUAUCUUUACUUUCUUGCAGUACAAGGGCAAAGUCAAUCUUCAUGUGUUUGAGGACUGGUGCGGAGGAUCUGUGAAACACCUGAAAACCAAUUUACACUUUCCGCUCUACCCUCAUGUGAGUAUUGGACUUUCAAUGCAAACUGGAAUUCCUGCCUUCACCUUACUGACCACAUCUGUACAACUCCACAGAUUCGCACGACUGUUACCAAGCUGGCCGUUUCACCCAAGUGGAAAAAUUACGGGCUGAGGCUAUUUGGCUACAUCCACCCGUAUAAGGAUGGUGAGUGUAGGGUGGACUGUGCCCUGGAGAGUUUAAUACCAUGCUGGGCAGGCUUCACACUCUACAUAAUAACAUAUUACAUUUCACAAAAACAAAGAUAAAGGCAGGAGAUAUAUCAUUAUAAUAUGCAACUGAAUCAUGUGUUAAAUUGCUGGAAAAUUGUUCAGCUCUGCCAAUGGUGAGACUGGAAAAGUUAAUUUUUUUUUUUUUUUUUUUAUUUAAUACAAAAAAACGAAGUAAAAAAAAGAUCAAUGUAGACAAGAUUGAUGGGGAAAGAGAGAUACAGAUUUAUACAGAUUGAUGGGGCUAGAGAGAAAUAAUUUGAAGAGAAAUAGGAGGUUCGAGUGAGCACAAAAUAGCAUUAAAAAUUAAAGAAAGGAAUAGACCUGAGAGAAACACAAAACACUUUAGGAGUAAGGGAUGGAUAUGAUAUAUAUCACACAGUGCGUGCAAUUAGCUUUUAUUACUGUACUGGAAAGUGUUUAGGGUUGGAAAUAUAUCUAUUUUAUUUAAGCUCUGCAAGAAGCACAGCAAUAAACACAUUUCAAAGUUACAAAAUCCAAUAAGUCAAUCAGAAUUCUAUUAUGUUUAUUAAAUAAUUCAUAUUAAUGUUUGUUUAAUAUUGCGAAAAAGCCUUUCAAUAAAAAAUCAUUUGAAAAGAAAAAGGUUGUGAGAUGUAUUAAAUAGCAAAUUUCAGUACAAUCUAAGCUCUAGUUGUCUGUAAGAAAAAAACUGACUGGAAGAGUUUAUCCUAUAGUAUUGUAUGAAUAAGCCUCUUGGUAUUUUUUCCCCCUGAGAUUAGUGUAUUGGAAUCAUCAAUAUACGGAUUGGUUUUUCUAUUUGCUGUGAUCGUAUAGGAUACAUUGAGAUUAUAGUUUGUGAAUUGACUCAUGGCGAGUAAAGUCCAGUGAAAUCUUAAAAUUGGUUUGACAUCCACAAGUCAUGUAGGUAAUUAGGUCACCUUCUGGAGGAUACCCAUUCACAUAUAUCAUACAUUGUGCUAGUGACAUUGGUAGCAAAUAUACGGAUUAAAAUAUAUACUUACUUGAAGAUUACUCCAUCCUCCUAAACUGGUGCCAUUGUGAAUGUUUACACGUUUUCAUGUGGGGUUUCAGCAUAGUUUGUGCUAGCAAUGUGUAGAGAUGGAACAUUUUGUCUAAAAAGCAUCAGUAUUGCAUUUUUCCAUGACUGCUUCACUUUAAUCCAAUUCUGGGAACGAGCACUGUUUUAAGUAAGAUGAUCAAUAUGGGUGUGCAUGUGUGAGUGUGUGUGUGUUUGGUAUAGGGAAUCUAUAGACAAACUACACACUAGGGGGAACGUUGCAUACACAAAAAUGCAGUUUUGAAUUUUACAAGGCUAUUUAAAGGGACACCCCAGACUCCUAAAGCACUUCAGCUUGUUCUCUUUAUUUUAUUUAUUUUGCAAAAAAUGCGGAUUUCAAAAGAAAUUGGCACGUUUAUAAAUGAAUCUCAUUACACCCCCUGGCUGUCAGACACCCGGUUCUUCCUGGUUAUUUAACUCAGUGGAGCUAAACCCAAGAGGCAGCAAUUGCCCAGAGCACCUGCCUUGCAAAGACUUCUGAUUAAGCUGCAUUGGGAAGUCUAUGAUUGGACAUCCAAAGAAAGUCUGGGCGAGGAUAGAAGGUGGGGACUUGCAAAUGCUUCAGACAAGAGAUCUGUAGGUUUUGAAGGCAGUUUUAGAUUUACCCCAAUGUAAAAAUGCAGCAUGAAUGUUUUCACUGGGGUAAAUCUACUAAACUUUUUUUUUUUUGUGGACAGUUGAAUGUCCCUUUAAUAUUAUCAGUCUUUAACAAACAAAUAUGGAUAUUUAGACACACCACAUGGCCAUAAUAUAUUUAGGUUUAUCACUGCCUCAAACAUCCCAAAUAUAGGUUGGUCCUACGCUAAUCUUAAUGUGGGAGAUAAUUAGUCUAGCUGAAAAAUGUACUGCAUGAACUGCUUUUGAGGCUGGCAUCAAAUUUUGUUUUCCAGUAUUCAUACCUGGUGGGUGAUGGCAAUCAACACGAGAUCUGAUCAAAUACACAGAACGAAUCGGGGUUAUACCCAGAACAUAUAUGUUAGUUAACCGCAUUACUGGUGUGAAGAGUAACAUUUAGGCACACACACAAACAAAUACAGUUUCAAAUCUUACAAAACCACCUUCUUUUUAUAAGGAAUGUGUCCGAAAGUUGAGAGAAAAUACUGCAUGUUAAUUAAAGAAAUGAAAUGUAUCCUAUAACAUAAAAAACAACACCGCUGGGUUAUGUGCUAAACAUUCAUGGCUCGCCACAUCAAGACAGUAAAAAUGUUUAGUGAAGCCACAAUAAGAAUGUUUAUAGUGUGGUCAAAGACUUGGCAAGGGUACAGACACUCACCGAGCAAUGCAUCUGCAAAAUAGAAUUGCUGACCAUAAUUGCAACAAAGUGUACAAAUAAAGCCAUACCGAAGGUACACGCAUUUAUCAAGCCCCACACGUCUGAACAAAUGGUCAGCAACGCCUUUUGUUUUUAGGGAUUUGAUGAAUACAAGGAUAUGCCAGGAGAGCAGUUUUAUUCUUCUUUUAUUGGUUUUCUGCAUUGAAGUCCCAAUGUGAUCAUUAUCGACCUGGUAGAUGUUUUUUCACCUAUAGUGCAGCAUGCCAUGACUCGUAUAGUUUGCAAGGCACAGAAAUCUCACGAUUGCAUUAUAAUGUAAAACUCCCAGUGUAAAGCAAUUCUGUAUAAUUGUCGUUAUUUGUGGGGCUUGCCCACUGACCCAUUGUGAUGUGUUCAUGAUUUGUCUCAUGUCCUUUGUUUCUCCAUUUAGGUGACUUUCAGUUUGCUGUGGCCUCAGAAGAUAAUUCUGAAUUUUGGUUAAGCACUGAGAAAAGUCCAUCUAGCGCCCAGCUUAUAGCAUAUGUGGGAAGGGUGAGUCAAGGAAAGGAGAAAUUCUGAUAUUUUAUUUAAUCACCGGAGCCAUAUUGUUCUUGAAAGAUGUCAGGAGGAGUUAUGUACAGUUGAGUGACAUUUAGCUGGAAGGAGUAAGGCAAGAACAGUUUGUUUUUGGUGUAAACCCAGUGUAUGAAAAUUGCAGUAUUUCUGUGUGUUUUCAGAUGGGAUCUGAGUGGACAGCUCCUGGGGAGUAUAUGAAAUUCAGUUCACAGGUGUCUAAGCCUAUAAGGUGAGUGCUACUACCUGUAUCUAUGAUAUCACCCAACCUGCUGUCAUAAUAUAUCUAAAUGCAAUGGUGUAUUGUGCCACCUGGUAGGUCAGGUCCACCCUGAUAUUUUUUAAACUGGCUAGGGGUCAUGAGAGAAUGUAAUGUGUUCUGGACAUUUCAUUUUGGCCAUAUUGUAAACUCUACGCUGGUUUUGUGAACCCCAUUUCUGGUAAAUCACAUUCUGGCUUAGAACUAUAGGAAAUGUGCUCCAUAACAGAUCAAGUUCCAACAUUUAACCAUUUUUAGUCAAACACCUGUAUACCACAAUGUGGGAAUCUUGCAACCACAGAUUCUCUGAACCACAAUUCCCAUCAAUCACAAAAUAAUACCAUUUAUUCCUAAUGCCUACAUAUUUUAUAGCUAGUUUCCAGUUAUAAUAUUGAUUAUUUUAACAGGAUCAUUAGGUUGUAUUAAGAAUAUAAUGUCACUAAAUUUUGCAUGUCUCUCUCUUGACUCCCCCACCCCUUUAUUUUGUUCUGCUUUAGUCUAUGAUUGUCUGUGUAAGCAUUUUCUUUGCAAUCUCAGCUGGAGAGGUUUAAAGAUAGUGAGCACUAUACUCUUCACCCAUAAACCGGUAAGGCCGCCCAACUUGUUGGUUCUUCCCAUUUAACUAAACCCCUGACCCAGUGAUAGAUCAUGACAUGUUCAACACCAUAAACAUAUAUUUACACAUAUUUGGGAUAUAACAACUGCUUUAAAAGAGGUCCAUAUUCAACCCCUGAUGCAGUUACCUGAUGACAGCACUAGAGAAUCCAAGAUCUAAUAGCCCAACACAUAGACAAUGAGUGACAUCAGAAAUCUUCUUAGAACAGACUAAGCAUGUCUGAAGGGUCUGUACCUAGAGAUUUUUUUCAAAAACACCCACCAAAUCUAGACCUGACCAACUCAGACUCUCACCAGCAUUUCCAGGCAUCAUAAAGGGAAGAGGAGUACAAUGCAGAACUAAUAAAGGCAGGCACAGCAUGUUUCUUUCUAACACACCUUACCGUGACAAAAGCUUUCUUCUAGUUUAUUGCAACAAAAAGUGGGACUAUGGGCUAGCCUUCACUGCUUCUCCGUCUGCUUCUCCUAUCCUGUCACCAUGCUUCUCCUUUCCUGUCACUCGCUCCUCCAGCUGCAGGAUGCGUUGUGCCAAGGAAGAGUUCUCACGCAUGAUGUUUGAGAUGCGUGUUGCAUGCUGCUUGAAUGAACACUCCACGUCAUUGAGCAGCAUGUCUGCCUCAUGCAGGCGUGGGGCAAAGCUUUCUAGCUUCUCAUCUAGGGAAGCAAGAGCAUCUCCCAAAGCAUAAAGCCGCUCUUCAAGAGGAUGCCAACAUUCUCUCACUCUGUCUGAGGUUAAAGAGUCCACAAUCACAGGGUCUCCUGUAUUUGUGGCCAGUACCAUAGAGUCAGUGCUUAAUGUUUCCCAUUCAAAUGAGUCUACUGAAACCCCUUCUAAACCAGUUUGAAAGGGGUCUGUCCCCAUCACUGCAGCAGAUACCAUUUGCGUUACACCGAUGCCAACAGUACCCAUAGUUAGGGAAGCAACAGUAACUGCUCCCAGUUCAAGGCACUUCAUAGGUACUGGGCCAAUGUCCCAUUCUGCCCCUGCAAUACCGAACUGCAGAGAAUUAAAAGGAGGUCCCAUGCCAGCUGUUCCUAGGGACAAAGCGUUGUUCUUUGCCAAGGCUAACUGCAGCGAUUCCGUAGGCAAAAGGUUGACAUCAGUGGCAUCCAGGUCAAAUGUUUCCAUUCUUGUUGGUGAGUGGUCAUUCAAUGCCACAUGUAUUCUAUCUGUGCCCACCUCCUGGGUCUCUGCACCCACUGUAAAACUAUCUUCAUUGUCCAGAGCAAUGCCAGUCAACUCUUGCUUCCUAGUCACUACGUCAAACAUUAAAGAAGUACCAUUUUCUAUUUUUGUGCCAGUUGCGUUUUGCUCCACUGACUCUAUGUAGUCUAUGGUAAUCCCUGCUUGGUCCUGCUCCUGAAUCCCUUUACCAGAUGUCAAAUUAUCAGUUGGUUCUAUCUCACUACCAAUUGUCUCUCUUUUCUGUGUUUCUCCACUACCUGUUGAAGAAUCAUUGGGUUCCACCGAGAUGUUAUUUGAAACUUGCUCUUGCCAUUCCAAGGAGUAGGCACAUUCUGUAUUAACGGUUGGGCAAUCAGUUUGCUCCAGAGAGAUACCUGUUGUGUCCAGCUCUAAGCCUGUAGCGUUUUGGGGAAACGUUUCACUGUGAGAUACAUUUAUCCUGUUUUCAGAUUUGUCUGUCAGUACCAUGGUAUCUACACUUUGAGGUCUCAUGGUCACUAUGCUUCCGUAAUCCACCAUGCUCUCCUCCUGUAUGUCCAUGCCACCUGUAUGUAUAGGUUCUCUCUCUCUCACUCUGCAUUCAUAUAAUCCAUGAUUUAGUAGUCAAAGUAUAAGGUUUCAAUGUUUCUCAGCAACGUGAAUUUAUUUUGAAUUAGUACUAAUCUUCUCCUUCGAUAUGGUUCUGCCAAAUCAUUCCCAGAUUGUUAGCUGUUAGGGCACUGUCCUGCUCGGCUGAGUGACAAUUUUUCUGCUCUCGUACUUCACAUCCAAAGUCAUUGUGUUCUGCCUCUGUUUUCAUCUUGCCCUUGUCCAGGUACUCACAAUCUGAAUCCUCUUAACCUAAACCUAAUUAAGUGACUCAUGAGGAUGAAUUGUAAAGGAUAAGGGACAUUUAGAUGUAUUAUGAGAGUUUAUACGCAGCAGUGCAUGUGAGAACCUUUGUUUUUUGUGUGUUUGAAAUUAUAGGUAUGCCAGCAGAAAUACACUUGUUGUAUUUUAAAAAAUGAGUUUAAUAUUUUCUUAUCUGUAAUUGUGUAGCCUUGAGUAAGCAAAUAUGUUUAACCGUUUCUAAACAAUAUAAGAUAUGGCAGGCAAAAAUAAAUAAAAAAACACAUAAAUCUGUUUAUAUGCUGUGCAGUGUAACACAAGUCUUGAAAAGUAUGAUUUGCAGUGGAUACGUGAAUAUAUUUCAGUCCUGUGUAGCAGCAGUAUUUUAGAACUUCCUGCUAUCCUUCUUUUCCUUAUCUCCCUGCCUGCCUCCUUUCAAAAAAGUUACUACCAUUCCUAGAAUGAAAAAGUAGACUCAUUCUCACACAUCACCUCUAUUGAUGCUUCUCAUAGAGCGCUUUCCAUUGAAGGAAUGAGGCACUCGCUGCACUUGUACUUCUUGUCCCCAAUGCUUCUAUACGAGAGUGCGUCACCAAUGCUUCUAUACGAGAAUGUGGAAGACAUCAGCAUGCUAGCUUGCAAAGAAGUAUCGGAGUGGCGCUGGAAAGAGGAGUAAAGUAUAUUUAACUUUUUUCUACAGAAAGGGAGGUGGACAGAGGGCACUGUAAUAGCAGAGAACUUAUAGUCCCAGAAAAACUAACAAUAUUUUUGGGACUAUAUGUUCCGUUUAAAGUGGUCAGCACAGUCAGUCACCCUUUCCAUGGUUUGCAGCUAUCUGGUUGAGAGAUUAGGUGGUGGAAUCAACUUCUAAAUUUUCUUUAUGUGAAAUACCUUUUUGACCAAGGAUGAUCUCCUAAAAAAUAUAGCAGAAAGUCAAGAAAGCUUUGCUUCCAAGAUCAUUAUGAAUCUUUGCGUAGAUCGAGAAAACUGCCUACUCAGACACCGAGCUAUAAGGAUAAGUCAAGGAACCACAACAGAACAUCUCAUCAGAUAAAGCAAAGCUACAUGUAUUUUCAUACAUUUGUGAAGAUUUGUUUCUACCAAGUUUCACUGGGUCUUUAACAUUGUUCGAAAGGGGUAAAUGAUAUACUUCCUAAAGUAUCCUUCCACAGGCUUUCUUUUCUUAAACAUAGCUUCCGCCAGACUGUUUAAAGUUAUUUUAUAAGAUGUUUUCAAGCUGCGAAUGGAUAUUUUAAAAGAAAGCACCAGUGCAAAAAGAAGACUAGUAACAUAUUCAUUUUUUUUUUCUGCCUAUAUGAGAGAUCCUGCUGACCUAUCCAGGUUUUAAAAAGGCUGAACAAGUUUGUGUCAAUCAAGAUCAUUCUUGUGAUAAAGAUAAGUUUUAUUUAAAGGGUAGAGGAAAUCAUAUUUUUUUUAGGACGAUUUGUUUUCUGCCAUUACAGUGACCUCUAUCCACCCCCCUUUCUGUAGAAAAUUUUAAGUUAAACAUAUUUUAGUCACCUCGUUUCUAGCACGGAGACACCACCAUUACAGUUGCCAACUCCUCCUCCUCCUUCAUUAGUAAUCAUACUGACGUUUUCCAUGUUCUCGCCCAAUCCAAUGCUUCUCGUAGAGAAUCAUUGUGGAUAAGAAACACGUGCGCAGCAAGUUCUUCCCUCUUUAAUUCAAUGCACUUUAUGAGAGGCAUCAGAGGAGGUGAUAACAGUCUGACUCAGGAAGACAGUCUCUAGAGGUGUGUUUAGCUCUGCAAUGGAAACAUUAUUGUAUCUACUAAUCGGCAAUGUUUUAAAUUACAGGGACACUGCACCCAGACCACUUCACUGAGAUUAACUAGUCAGGGUGUCUAUAUGUUUUGGAUCAAGUUGCACAUAAACACGUAUGGUUCCUUUUUCUUACCUGUUGGAAGUGGAAAUAAGGAAUGGAAAUUUCAGUUCAAUACCUUUUACAUUUUGGCUUUUAAUUUCUUAAUUUAAAAUAUUCUGACCUUAAAGAUAGUGUUUCUAUGCUUGGACUCUGAAAACUGGCUGGGCAAAUUACAUGCAUUUUCUGCCAGGAUAGUGUCCCUUCACUCCAGCCAAUGAGAUUGCUCUCGGAAAAUGUUGACAAAAAUAUUUCACUUAUAAAACAAAGUAGAAACGAUUAUAUUGCAUAAAAGCUAAAUAUAACAACCAUUAUAAACAUUGUGACAAGAAAAACAAACUUCAUUGUUGAUGGAUAAAUAUUAUACAAGCAGAUUGAGAACAUAUUGUGUACAAUUUGCCACCCGAUCUCACCAUGACAUUUUAUGCCCAGGACGUAUUAUAGUUGGUUAUAUUAUGCUUUCUGUAAAGAUUACGAUGUUCAUUUAUAACGAAAAGUCAAUAAAGGAGAUGAGAAUCUAGUCCCUGGAGCAAAGUACGCAUGAUUAAAAAUAUGAUUUAUGAACGCUAAGAGCACAGGUUUCACAUAAUUCAUUAUAUUGAUAUAUGAUUAUAUCUCGCAUUGCUUAAAAAUAAUUAAAAACCUCUAGCAUGUUUACUGAUGCAGUGUCACACUGGGAACUCCUAGCCCUUUCUUUGUGAGUUUUAUGUCUGUGAUAUCGAUGGUAAGUGUUGAAAGCUGUAGGGGUUAUCAGCCGCUAAACAUGACACUUCUCUCCCUUAUAGAUGGACAAUUCUAUCUCCUCUAAAACACCUAGGUUACACCAAUAUAUGUAUUUUAAUGUGUUUUUUAACCCCUUAAGGACCAAACAUCUGGAAUAAAAGGGAAUCAUGACAUAUCACACAUGUCAUGUGUCCUUAAGGGGUUAAAUGUGUGUAAGCCCUGGAUAUAAGUUUGUGUACACUCAUCUUAUUCCGUGUCUGUCUUUUUACCACUUUACAGAUUAAUGAGCUCCCGACGUUAUUACUUUGAACUACUUCACAAGCAAGACGAUCGAGGUUCUGACCAUGUGGAAGUUGCUGUGAGUGAGCAGGCUCAUGGCUUUAAGUGACGUGUGGGAGGUUUUAUUAGUGAAGAUACUUGUUCAGAAAGGGAACAUUAUGCUUUGCUACAAAAUGAAACCAAUUAUGCGUAAAAGACAUUGGUGCUCCCAAUAUCCCAUCAUGCAGGGAGGACAUAUUAUUAUUAUUAUUAUUAUUUAUAUAGUGCCAUCAGAUUCUGUAGCGCUGUACAAUGAGGCAGUGUUCCGAAAUGCUGUGUUCAUGUUUUCUAAUUUGGGACGAAUGUAAUGGGAAUGUGGCAGAAAGUUUUAAGGGCUAGGGAAAAAGUUGUAAUACACGGUGUAAACGUUACUUUAUGCUUAUACUGCUUUAGAUGUUUACUAGACGUUACUGCUAAUAGUUACACAGCUUGAUCCUGAAGCUACCAAUAUGAUAUCAUAUAAAAUGGAGGGGUUUAAAAUAAAUUUCAUGGAAGAAUAAUAAUGCACAUCAAUCAUAGUAUGCUAUUAUACAAUACUUUACAGUAGUGAUCUGAUCACCUCCUCUCAAUCUAAAUGAUUGGUGGAGUAGGGUACAUAUAUAUUUAUGUAUAUUUUUAGCGGACGUUAAUGCCCGUAAUAUGAGCCCACAUAUAUACGAUAAAGGUUACCAGAUGUAAAGAUAUAUAUCUUUUUUUUCAUAAUUGUGAUUUUGCUGCAAACAAAACCUUAAAUGGUAAGCAACAGCAAAGGGUAAAAACUACAGACAUCACAGAAGCCAAAUCCAUGCCCCCACAAACAAAGACCUCUUUACAAAAAGGAAAUGAUUGGGGUCCAGCGUUCCCAGAUGUAAUGCUAUUCGGUACCCAAUGUUCCCUUUCUAGGGGAGCCACAAAUUUAAUUACUAGCUUCUGCCUUUCCUCGCUCUGCACUGGCUUUUUUUCUGUUUUUGUUUUUGAACUUUUUGAGGGCAUAGACAGGAGUUAACGUUACUAACAUGGGAAUCUGUGGGACCCCUUUAAAAUAUUUAAUUCUAUUUUGUAAUUUGUGUGUGUUUUCAUAGUAAAUAAUUUGAAAAGAUUGUACAACAAUAUUAACUUGAUGCCAAAGUAUCUGACAAUUUGCCUUCCUUUUUUAUCUUUAUUUCACCAAAUACAGGCAUUAAAUCAGAGUAUAUCCGAUUUAUAAAUGCAACUCUCCCACAAACAUUCACACUUGCCACUUUUUCUAACCUGCUUCUACUAAGGGAGAUCUUUAAAAAGUGUCUACUGUCCUAAUUUAGAGAACAGAUGUAUGGGCACACACAGGAUGUCCAAAAUGCAGACUUUAGUGGAAAGCAAUGUUUUGGCUCACACAAGAGCCUUUCUCAAGCCACCUUUUGUGUGAGCUGAAACGUUGGCAUUCCACUCAAAUAAAGUCUGCAUUUUGCCAUCCAGUGAAUGCCCGGACAUGUGUUCUCUACGUUUGGUAUAUUUUGAAGGAUUUGCUGUUUCCCUGGUCCGUGUGGUGCCAUAGUUUGGAUCUUCUCAAGAAAUGGUGUGUGCUGUUCCUGUUUUGUAUUUUGAACAACCUCUUGUUCCUGUCAAUAUUUCUAAGAGUUGGUCUCAAUUGUUCCUAAAAUCUCCCCUUUAUAAUCUAGUAAAGCGCUAUAUAAAUGCCAAUAAUAAUUACAAUAUUUGUUAAUUUAAUUUUUAACAGUGGCGUUUAGCUCUCCCAGGCACGAAAUUUGAAAUUGUGGACUCUCCUUACCUGUCCUUAUACACAGGUAACCUACUGCCACUUUUUUCCAGAUUGGAUGUGAAUAGAUCUGUCAUUAUGUCUACCUCACUGUUUUUUAAAUAAUUGCAUUACUAAAUAUAUCUUUGUCAGACGAGACUCCACACAAGAUGAACGAUGUAUCCCACAUACCACAGACCCUCUCCAGACGUGGCAAUCACCCCUGGGGGGUGGAUAAUGAGGAGCCUCCAGAAGAUGUACUGCGGCAGGACCCAAGGGACUAUUUUUUUAUGAGUGAGCAAAAUAAGUGAUUUUGAAGAUAAAAAGGACAUGCAUCAUUUUGAGACAGCAGUCUCAUUCAAAGUUUUAGCUUUCAAUGAGACUGUUGCCUCACUCUGCUGGGUGGAAAAGCAGGUAGAUGGGUUUUUUUGUUGUUUUUUUUUUCAUAUUUACCUUCUUAUUCUUUCUAAUGCUUUCCAGGAGGGACAUUGAUCUAACCAACCAGUGUUGUAUCCAUAGGAAUGUUGAGAAAGUGCAUUGGGCAUGCUUGACAGAUUGUACAUGUGGAGUUGGAAAAUCUUUUCACCUGUGCACACUGUGACCCCUGGCCGGGGUCACUAAUACAGCUGCCAGUGCUGCCGUAUGGUAGUGCCCCCUGCCUGUAUGCACUAUAGGUGCUGCAUCUCAUUUACCGGGUUAUAAUGUUUGGAGAACUCUGUCCUUUCCCAUGGAGGUCCUGUUCCACAUCUCUAUGCUGCUUGGACUAAUGAGAAAUUAGCCACAUCUCCAGUGGGGGCCGGACUCUUUUUUUAGUGUUCAAAUACUCCAAAAUAAAUGGAGGGACUGCACCAGGUGACCCCAGGCUCUAUAACCAAUGACAUACAGUGGUUAGAAUGCAACAGUGUCCCUGGAGAGAGAAAUGCAAAUUGUCUGAUAUGAUUUUAAAAAUAAUGCUCCUUAAUAAAUGUAGCAUUAGAUCAGUUAUUCCCAACCCACUUCUUAAGGCUCCUCAUUGUCGGCAAACCCAUUGGUCAUUAUAAGAAACGCCUGACUCUUGGACUGUUUGUGAUUGGUGAGGACUGAGUUGGGAACUAAAGUUUUAAAUCAGAGCGUCUUGUUGGGGCGGUUACUUGACAUAUAUUUUAUAUUUUGCCUUGUUUCUCAUGGGCUCUGUUCUCCUUUCCAGCUCCUAUGAUUGAAGAAUCCAAAGUGGAAAAUGUGCUUGUGCCUUGUGCAUAUAACCCCACAUACGUAGUGAAGGAUUUCCCCAUUGCACGAUACCAAGGACUGCAAUUUGUGAGUACUUGCUCUUUCUGUAGCCACUUUUUAGUGCUAUAUAUACCGUAUAUACUUGAGUAUAAGUCGACCCGAAUAUAAGCCGAGGCCCCUAAUUUUACCACAAAAAAACGGGAAAACUUAUUGACUCGAGUAUAAGACUAGGGUGGGAAAUGCAGCAGCUACUGGUAAAUUUCUUAAUAAAAUUAGAUCCCAAUAAAAUUACAUUAAUUGAAUAUUUAUUUACAGUGUGUGUAUAUAAUGAAUGCAGUGUGUAUAUAAUGCAGUGUGUGUUUGGAUGAAUGUAGUGUGUAUAUAAUGAAUGCAGUGUGUGUGUGUGUAUAAUGCAGUGUGUAUAUAAUGAAUGCAGUGUGUGUUUGUGUGAAUGCAGUGUGUGUAUAUAACGCAGUGUGUGUUUGUAUGAAUGCAGUGUGUGUGUGUAUAUAAUGCAGUGUGUAUAUAAUGCAGUGUGUGUUUGUGUGAAUGCAGUGUGUGUGUAUAUAACGCAGUGUGUGUUUGUAUGAAUGCAGUGUGUGUGUAUAUAAUGCAGUGUGUGUGUAUAUAUUGCAGUGUGUGUGUAUAUAUUGCAGUGUGUGUGUAUAUAAUGCAGUGUGUGUUUGUGUGAAUGCAGUGUGUGUAUAUAAUGCAGUGUGUGUUUGUGUAGUGUGUGUAAACUGGGUGAGGGGAGGGCAUUUUUAUUUAAUUUUUUUUAUUUUAAUAUUAUAAUUAUAUUUUAAUAUUAUUAUUAUUUUAUUAUUAUUUUAUUUAAAUAUUUGUAUUAUUUUUUAUUUUUAUUUUUUUUGUCCCCCCUCCGUGCUUGUUGCCUGGCCAGGGAGGGGGGCUAUGUGAAUCCCUGGUGGUGCAAUGGAUGGGCUGAGCAGUGGGGGGGCUGGCAGCGAGCUGUUACUUACCUUCCUGCAGCUCCUGUCAGCUCCCUUCUCCUCCGUGCAGCUCCCCUGUCAGCUCUGUUCUGCUCCCAGUGUAAACCUCGCGGUCUGUGUGCCGCGCAGAGCGUUGCCACGGUAACCCGUGGCAACGCUCUGACGGCCGCGGAUGUCGCCAGAUUUACACUGGGAGCAGAACGGAGCUGACAGGGGAGCUGCACGGAGGAGAAGGGAGCUGACAGGAGCUGCAGGAAGGUAAGUAACAGCUCUCUGCCAGCCCCCAACAGGACCGCCGGGCUUGCAAUGAGCCCGGCGGUCCUGGUCUGUAUUAUGGCAAUGUAAAUUGCCAUAAUACAGACAUUGACUCGAGUAUAAGCCGAGUGGGGGUUUUUCAGCACAAAAACUGUGCCGAAAAACUCUGCUUAUACUCGAUUAUAUACGGUAGGUUUAUAUUUUUAUUUAAUGUGCACACACAGGUUGUGGAAAGGUGGCGCUAUAAAAUUAUAAUGUUAAAGUGAAUUUAGCUGCUAUACACUCUGUGGGUACUCCUAAAAACCCAACAUACAUAGAAAUCACCAAAAAACAACAGAGGAAAAUUUCGGAUUUAUCAGGUAUCUAUCCCUUUAAACCCUCAAUUUCCAUGAGUGAAGCGCUUCAGUGUAAAUUUAGAAGUUGUGAAUAUAUGUAUGUAGUGCCAAGAAGCACUUACCAUCUAUACAAUGCUUGUAUUCCCGUGUAUAUAUAUAGGGAAAAGAAAAACAAAUAUAUACAAAUAAUAGUGCAAUGUCUAGAAAAUUAAUUGUUUAAUUAUAUAUGUGAGUUAGAAUGUAAAUUAACUCACAUUUUUUAAAACCUUUUACAGUGAUAAGGCUCUAAACUUCCAAGCGUCUGUGUCUUUUGGGUAGAUCACACAACCCCUCUCUCUCAGUGAUGGAACGUCUGUUGUUCUCCAGAGUGUGUUAAGAUAAAACAGAGAAAAAACGUCCAAACUAAGUGUAGUAUUUAAAAUACCAAUGUGUAUCAGUGUGGGUAAAAUCCAGAAAAGUGCUCACCUUAUUUAGAGCCUUUUUAUAACUGGCUUUAAGUAUGUAGGUUCAGUGCCAGUUUAUAGGGUGACACUAUCCCUUUCUUGAAUCACUUGUGCAGGAUGCAGGAAGUGUAAUAUAUAACAAAUAUGUUUAUUAUCAAUAUUAAAAUGUAUACAGACUAUUUAUAAAAACAAAAAAAGGAUAUAUAAAAACAUAUAAGUAAUACUAAUGUAUUAAGUGGUCUGGCAUGGAUCCACUUGCAGCCAAAACGCGUUUCACCGAAAAUCGGCUUCCUCAGUCAGCUUCAGGACGUCUUCUGUCUUCUAUUGCUUUUAAAUCUUUGUUUGCCCGCGAAAAGUUCUCUUUUUGCCGGUCCGUAAUGAUUUACUGUGAUGCGCCCAAAACAGCGUCGCGUCACUUCCGGUUUGUUCUUACUACAUCUCCCAUCGUUCAUUGCGUUCGUAAGUGUCACUUCCGGUAUAAACCGCUAUGGUGAUGGGUAAUAGAGUCCUUAGUAUCGUCGCUUUUCAGUUCAUGCUCCUGUUCGUAUCGGGCUCAAAAUAAAGAGCCGAAAUAGCAGGGAAAAAUGUCAAGAGGGCAAGAAGUAUAUGUCAAUACACAGUAUUCCAUAUAUGGAUUUCACAAUUAAAAUUAAAACAAUAUAUACCAUAUAUCUUGUGAACAGUACAUAUUUCUACACUUAGUGAACUUUUCUAUAAAUGAUUCUUUUCAUAAUAAAGACAAGAAAGAAAAAAGGGGGUGGGGGGGACAGUAAAAGUGUUUUUGGUGGACUUUAUAUUCAGGGUUUUAAGUUGUAUACAAUAAACAUUUAAAAAGUGGUAUACACUCUAAGUUUCACUUAAAACAUUUUUAAUUGAAAUUGCAAACUUAUGCAUUAGUCCCAAAAUUAUGGCAGAUUGAGUUUAUAAUAACUUAAAAUAGUUUUAAUGUCUCUUGCAGUUAGUGAAUCCUGUCCUUUAAUAUAAUGUAAUUUAAAAAAUUAGGAUUAGAAAUAGAAAAUGUAUAGAAAGUGAAUACUUUCUACUGUAAAUAAAAAAUAAAAUAAAAAAUAUAUAUAUAUGAGGUUAAAAUGAAAUUCAAAAAAUAAAAUAAAAAUAAUAAAAAUAAAAAAUAAUAAAAAUAAAAUUAAACUUAAAAAUAACUAUAGAAAAAUAAGAAUGAAAAUUAAAUUGAAUUAAAGUAAUAGAAAUAAGAAAUAAAAAAUAAAAAUGAAAGUAAAUAUGAAUACGCAAAAAACAAUAAAGAUAAAAUUAGUAACGAAUGCAGUACAAAAAGAUGAGAUAAAAAUAAAAAUAAUAAUAGAAAUAAAAUAAAUUACUGAUUAGAAUGUAUAUAUGUAUAUAAUAAUCGAUUAUAAAAAAUGACAUAAUUCAAAAUCUGCAUUAAGACCUAAGGGGGCUAAGGUGUUUAAAUUAAAAAUCCAUUUAGUUUCGAUUUUUCCUAACUUCCUUAUUUCAUCCUCCCCUCUCCAAUUUAGUGUGACUUUUUGGAUAGCAUAAAAUUCUAAAAAUUGUGGAUCUUUGUUAUGUACUAGUCUGAAGUGAUCUGAAACACUAUGUUUUUCGAAACCGUUUCUUAUAUUACGUACAUGUUCGUUUAUUCUUACGUUUAAGGGGCGUUUUGUUCUUCCUACAUAAAGAAGAUUGCAGGAACAUUUCAGUAAAUAGAUGACUCUUUUUGAAAAGCAUGUAGUCAUUUCAUGUAUUUUAUAUUUCCUUUCCCUUUUAGAAUCGUAGAAUUCUGUGAUGUGUCUUUUCUCAUUCUUUGUACUUCUACAGGCUAGACACUGUCCACAACCAAAGAAACCCUUAUUCUGAAAAAAAGGAGUAGGUGUCUGGUGUCUUAUGUGAUUCCGUACCAAUUUCUGUUUCAAGUUGGGAGCUCCUCUGUAAAUAAAUUUCGGUUUUUCUGGCAAUAUAGAGUAUAACAUUGGAUCGUUCCUUAAAAUGGGCCAGUGCCUAUUUAUAAUUUGUUUUAUUCUCUGGCUCUCUUGAUUAAAAUUACAGAUGAAAGGUAAAAUAUUUUGUUCAUUUUUUUUCUUUAGAUUUGUAUUUUAACAAUGAGGAUCUCUCCAUGGUUUCUACUUCUUUUAUAGUACUCAUAAGGGAAUUUUCCUUAUACCCUUUCUCCAUGAAUUGAUUUUUAAUUCUAUUAGCUUGGGCCUUAAAAGUGCUUUGGUCAGUGCAAUUCCUACGGAUUCUCAUUAGUUGUGCUUUUGGGAUGUUUCUCAACCAAGGAGAAAAAUGGCAACUAUUUAGAAAGAUAUAGUUGUUAACGUCUACCUGUUUAAAAAAGGUUUUUGUCUUAAUGUGGUUGUCUUCAAUAAAAAUCGUAAGGUCUAGAAAAUUGACACUUUCUGUGCUGUAUUCCGUGGUUAAUUUUACUCCCCAAUCGUUUGAAUUUAAAAAAGCUAAAAAUGUCUUGAGUGAAUCCUCUGAACCAUUCCAAAUAAAAAAUAUGUCGUCUAUGUACCGCUUAUAAGAGACCAGGUUCGCUCUCCAGUUUGUAUUCUCAUUGAUAUAUUCUUCUUCCUAAAAUGCCAUGAAUAAAUUGGCAUAGCUGGGAGCGAACCUGGUUCCCAUAGCGAUACCUACUUUUUGUAGAAAAAACUCAUCAUUAAACCAAAAAUAAUUGUUACUUAGAAUUAAUUCUAUUCCUUCAAUUAGAAAAUUUAUUUGUUCUUCUGGAUAAAAAUUUUCUUUUCUUAGAAGGGAGUUGGUAGCUUCUAUACCUUUAGUGUGUGAGAUAAUUGUAUAGAGGGAACUGACAUCCGCUGUAACUAAAAUAUAGUUUGAAUUCCAUUUUAUGUUUUGUAAUACCUGGAUAAUAUUUAAAGUGUCUUUUAGAUAAUUCGGGGUUUUUUGAACAAUGGGUUGUAAACAUCUGUCUAAGUACUCUGAUAAUCUACUGGAUACAGAGUCGAUCCCCGAGACUAUUGGUCUACCUGGGGGAUUCACAAGGUUUUUAUGGAUCUUUGGGAGAUGGUAGAAUACUGGAAUUUUUGUUUUUUUGACGUUGAGGUAUUUAUACUCCCUAUCGUUUAGUAUUUCUGCUUCUUUUCCUCUUAACAAUAAGUCAUCAAAUUUCUUUUUUAUAUUAGCAGUUGGAUCACUUGGCAACUUUUUGUAUGUUUCUAAAUCCUCUACCAAUCUAAGUCCUUCUCGUAGAUAAUCCUCUGUUCGCAUCACUACAAUGCCCCCACCCUUAUCUGCUGGUUUAAUGACAUUGUUUUUGUCUUUCUGAAGUGUCUUAAGUGCUAACCAUUCUUCCUUAUUGAGAUUCAUGUGUUUUUUGUCUCUUGGUUUAAUUUUAUCUAUUUCUUGCAUCACUGCUUUUUCAAAUGCAACCAUCUCUUUAGAUAUGAAAUUGUUUGGAAAAAAUGUAGAUUUUUCUUUGAGGUCGGUAUGUUUAUAUUUUGAAAUUGAAGGUUGAUAUAUUGGUUUUUCUGUCCUCAUAAAGCAUUUCUUUAAACAUAACUGUCUUUUAUAUCUGUUUAAAUCUAUGAAUAUGUCAAAUUUGUUAAGCGGUUGCGUAGGUACAAAUUUCAACCCCUUAUUUAGAAUAUUCUGCUGUGACCUUGUUAGAGGAUUCCCUGUUAAAUUAAAAAUGAUAGAUUGAGUGUGUGUGGUUAUUUUUUUUAUCUUUUUAAGUGUCUAUCCUCCCCGUGUUCCCAUCCUCUUAAGUUCCUUUGUCUUUUGGGGGGGGGGGUAUGUUUGGGUGGGGAUAUAUCUUGGGGGGAUUGAACCGCUUUGUACUUCCCCUUUUGACGUCCCUCCUGAAAAAAAUCCUCCUCAUCUUGUCUAUCCGAUAAAGUGUUGAAUCUAUUCAUAGUGAAAAUAUGAUUUCCCUGUGUCUCCUUCCUAUUUCUUGUGAGAAUCGGUGAUCUUUCCCCUCCUCUCUUUCCCUGUUCGUGUCUCUCUUUCAUUUUAGUCGGUAUGUCUUUCGUGAAUCUUGUUUGUGGUGUGGGAAAUCUUAAAUGUGGUGAUCUAUCUCUAGAGCGAUAUCUCCUAUCUCGUGAGUCUCCUCGUUUCUGAUGGGAAUGUGCCCAAUUUGUGUCCUGUUUAUUUCCCCAUCUAGCUGUGUAUGGAUAUUUUUCUUUCUCUUGUUUUUGUGAAAAAUUUCUGUUGUAGUAGUUAUUCAAAUUCUCAUUAUUUCGUGUGUCUGUAUAUUUGUUUCUAGAUGCAUAAGUAAACACCUGAUUAUUGUCAUAAUCAUAUCUGUCUCUUUUGUAUUUCUUUCUUUUUAUGUUUAUUGUUUCUAUCUCCGUUUUGUCUAUUUGUUUCUGAAUGGUCCCAGUAAUGGUCUCAUACUCCUCAGGGGAUGUAUGGUUCUGGAGUUGGAUUUGUGUAUCAUUUAUAUCUUUGUCUAAUUUUUGUAGAGUGGCUUUCCUCCUCUUAAUUAUCAUUUUCAUUGUUGUAAAAGAAAAUGUCUCUAACAUUUCUUGCCAUUCUCCCAUAAAGUCUUCCUCUCCUUUGUCAAAUGUGGGAUACUUAUUAUAUCUAAGACCUCUAGGAGUGAUUUUUUUCUUUUAAAUGCUUUUCUAAAGUCGCUACUUCCCAGGUUAUACGAACUUCUUCAUAGACUUAGUCAAUUUGUAUUGACAUUCUCUAAAGUCAUAGGUGUUGGUCUGGGGCUGGGAGUUAUGGUUUAAAACAGGGGUAUCAAACAUAGUGUCUAUAUUGGUACAAUAAUUUUUUCUUCUUUCAAAAAGUGACAUAUUAUUAGCUUCCUCCACACCAAUAAGGAGUAAAAUAUACAAAGAAAUUGAAUGUGCACACACAGGUUGUGGAAAGGUGGCGCUAUAAAAUUAUAAUGUUAAAGUGAAUUUAGCUGCUAUACACUCUGUGGGUACUCCUAAAAACCCAACAUACAUAGAAAUCACCAAAAAACAACAGAGGAAAAUUUCGGAUUUAUCAGGUAUCUAUCCCUUUAAACCCUCAAUUUCCAUGAGUGAAGCGCUUCAGUGUAAAUUUAGAAGUUGUGAAUAUAUGUAUGUAGUGCCAAGAAGCACUUACCAUCUAUACAAUGCUUGUAUUCCCGUGUAUAUAUAUAGGGAAAAGAAAAACAAAUAUAUACAAAUAAUAGUGCAAUAUGUCUAGAAAAUUAAUUGUUUAAUUAUAUAUGUGAGUUAGAAUGUAAAUUAACUCACAUUUUUUAGAGCCUUUUACAGUGAUAAGGCUCUAAACUUCCAAGCGUCUGUGUCUUUUGGGUAGAUCAAACAACCCCUCUCUCUCAGUGAUGGAACGUCUGUUGUUCUCCAGAGUGUGUUAAGAUAAAACAGAGAAAAAAACGUCCAAACUAAGUGUAGUAUUUAAAAUACCAAUGUGUAUCAGUGUGGGUAAAAUCCAGAAAAGUGCUCACCUUAUUUAGAGCCUUUUUAUAACUGGCUUUAAGUAUGUAGGUUCAGUGCCAGUUUAUAGGGUGACACUAUCCCUUUCUUGAAUCACUUGUGCAGGAUGCAGGAAGUGUAAUAUAUAACAAAUAUGUUUAUUAUCAAUAUUAAAAUGUAUACAGACUAUUUAUAAAAACAAAAAAAGGAUAUAUAAAAACAUAUAAGUAAUACUAAUGUAUUAAGUGGUCUGGCAUGGAUCCACUUGCAGCCAAAACGCGUUUCACCGAAAAUCGGCUUCCUCAGUCAGCUUCAGGACGUCUUCUGUCUUCUAUUGCUUUUAAAUCUUUGUUUGCCCGCCAAAAGUUCUCUUUUUGCCGGUCCGUAAUGAUUUACCGUGACGCGCCCAAAACAGCGUCGCGUCACUUCCGGUUUGUUCUUACUACAUCUCCCAUCGUUCAUUGCGUUCGUAAGUGUCACUUCCGGUAUAAACCGCUAUGGUGAUGGGUAAUAGAGUCCUUAGUAUCGUCGCUUUUCAGUUCAUGCUCCUGUUCGUAUCAGGCUCAAAAUAAAGAGCUGAAAUAGCAGGGAAAAGUGUCAAGAGGGCAAGAAGUAUAUGUCAAUACACAGUAUUCCAUACUCAAUCUGCCAUAAUUUUGGGACUAAUGCAUAAGUUUGCAAUUUCAAUUAAAAAUGUUUUAAGUGAAACUUAGAGUGUAUACCACUUUUUAAUGUUUAUUGUAUACAACUUAAAACCCUGAAUAUAAAGUCCACCAAAAACACUUUUACUGUCCCCCCCACCCCCUUUUUUCUUUCUUGUCUUUAUUAUGAAAAGAAUCAUUUAUAGAAAAGUUCACUAAGUGUAGAAAUAUGUACUGUUCACAAGAUAUAUGGUAUAUAUUAUUUUAAUUUUAAUUGUGAAAUCCAUAUAUGGAAUACUGUGUAUUGACAUAUACUUCUUGCCCUCUUGACACUUUUCCCUUCUAUUUCGGCUCUUUAUUUUGAGCCUGAUACGAACAGGAGCAUGAACUGAAAAGCGACGAUACUAAGGACUCUAUUACCCAUCACCAUAGCGGUUUAUACCGGAAGUGACACUUACGAACGCAAUGAACGAUGGGAGAUGUAGUAAGAACAAACCGGAAGUGACGCGACGCUGUUUUGGGCGCGUCACGGUAAAUCAUUACGGACCGGCAAAAAGAGAACUUUUGGCGGGCAAACAAAGAUUUAAAAGCAAUAGAAGACAGAAGACGUCCUGAAGCUGACUGAGGAAGCUGAUUUUCGGUGAAACGCGUUUUGGCUGCAAGUGGAUCCAUGCCAGACCACUUAAUACAUUAGUAUUACUUAUAUGUUUUUAUAUAUCCUUUUUUUGUUUUUAUAAAUAGUCUGUAUACAUUUUAAUAUUGAUAAUAAACAUAUUUGUUAUAUAUUACACUUCCUGCAUCCUGCACAAGUGAUUCAAGAAAGGGAUAGUGUCACCCUAUAAACUGACACUGAACCUACAUACUUAAAGCCAGUUAUAAAAAGGCUCUAAAUAAGGUGAGCACUUUUCUGGAUUUUACCCACACUGAUACACAUUGGUAUUUUAAAUACUACACUUAGUUUGGACGUUUUUUUCUCUGUUUUAUCUUAACACACUCUGGAGAACAACAGACGUUCCAUCACUGAGAGAGAGGGGUUGUUUGAUCUACCCAAAAGACACAGACGCUUGGAAGUUUAGAGCCUUAUCACUGUAAAAGGCUCUAAAAAAUGUGAGUUAAUUUACAUUCUAACUCACAUAUAUAAUUAAACAAUUAAUUUUCUAGACAUAUUGCACUAUUAUUUGUAUAUAUUUGUUUUUCUUUUCCCUAUAUAUAUAUACACGGGAAUACAAGCAUUGUAUAGAUGGUAAGUGCUUCUUGGCACUACAUACAUAUAUUCACAACUUCUUAUAUUUUUAUUUAUCUAGUGCUUGCAACAUGCUUAACGACGGGUGAUCAAAUACAGGUCGUAAAUAGAGUGCCUACUUUAUAGCUAAUUCUGCACUAAACAUCUAUAAUGUUCUUUAUUCUCUCUUUUACAGGGUUAUGAGGUCAUUCAGAUUGCUAAAGCCGGGCAUUGUUCAUGCUCUUCAACCUAAAUGGGCCUGACUUUACUCUGGAUUGUAGCCGCACUGAGCGCCAUUAGACGGUUAAAAUCCAGGACUGGAUGCUUUAAAUCUGGGCCCAAAUUUGAAAAAAAAAUCUGAAUUAUUUGCCCGGUGGCAGUACCACCAACCACUGGGCAAAUCUUAAAAUAUCCCUUGGCAGUGCAAGGGUUAUUUAUCUGGCUGCUUGCAAGCUAAACUCUAGUUUUCCAAUAGUUUUUAUUAAUAAAUACUUGUUGUUUUUUGUUUAUUUCAAUUCUUAUUUGUAAUAAAAUUUUCCAUUAUUUAAAAAAUAGGGCCAAAAUCCACAGGUCUCAGCAAAAUUAGACCCACAGUGCUUUUUAUAUUAUAUCUAAAACUAGCAACUGAGCAGACAUUAGCCCUACCUGUCCGUCUCACCAUGAGAAUUGUGAGUUGGGCCAUUAAAAUAUCUGAAGUCUUCUUUCUUGUAAAUCUUCUUGUCAUCCGCCCCAAAAAAGACCAAAUAAAAAAAUCCUUCAUCGCACAAUGCAAAUCUUAAAAAAUAAGAAACGUCCGAUCACAAAAAAAAAAAAAAAAAAAUCAGUCGCAAAAAAAAAAAUUAUAUAUAUUUUUUGCCCAUUGAAGGCUCUGUGCAAAAUGAGGCUUCAAAGCAGGAAGAGCCUCUUUAAUAGCUUUCCCACACUUGAAUUCACAAUAGAGUGCUCUGAUUGGUUGGUUUGUUUGCCAACCAAUCAGAGUGUUCUAAUUGAUAUUGAAUAUUGAAAGCGCUCUGACAGACAAGUCUCAUUUCUCUCAACACUUGCCGUGGCCAGAGGUGUGUGUAUGUGUGUGUGUGUGUAUAUAUAUAUCUCUAUAUAUCUAUAUAUAAUAAUUAUUUUUUAACUAUUUGCAGCACGAAAGAUAUUUGAGAAAUAUUGAUGCAAAUUCGCCAAGCCCAAUAUAACUCGGACAAACUUUUCAUCAUAAACAUCUUUUUAUCGUUUGCCAAUAACUUAUUUUCUUUAAUAUUUUUCUUCUUUUCUCUCUCAAGGUAUACCUUACCUUUGUGUAUCCCAAUGACUAUACCCGUCUCACUCAUAUGGAAACUGAAAACAAAUGUUUUUAUCGAGAGUCGCCGCUGUACCUGGAGAAGUAAGUUCAUCUGCUCAAUAUUUCCUUCCGAAUUCUCAGAUCUGCCUUCUUGACAUUUAAUACUCUGACCUGUUUCUUUAAAUACAAUCGAGCCUCUUGCCCAAGUUAGUAAAGUAUUUUCUCUCUUUACUUUCUGCAUUCUCCUGAUAUUUGUACCACGGAUAUUCCACGCAUAGUGCCCAACAUCUAAAUUUUUCUUUUUUUUGUUUAGGUUUGGAUUUUACAAGUACAUGAAAAUGGAUGAUGAGGAUUCUCCACAGAUGCCAUUCUUGUUUUUUAACCGCCCACGUAUGUACAGUAUAUAACCCCCUUGUAAUCACACUCAUUUAACGGUCUCCUUAAAGCUGUCGUUUAACUUUCUAUGGUUGUGCAUGUUUUGUAUAGACCACAGAUGGAUACUGCUCUUAGUCCAGUGCGGUGGCCCAGGGUUGCAGGGAAAAGUAGUUUUUACUUAUGUGAACCUGCCAUUUUCUUCCAUAAGGUUCUCUUCAGCUCCUGGUGCUUCAUCUACCAGGAGGAAAUGUCGGCACUGUAUUCUCGCGCAUGUGUGAGUACAACGCUAGUGUCCAUGGACGAUCCAUAGACAUCGAGACGGCGAGAUUCUCCCUCACUAGUGACAGCUGAGGGUUUGGCAGAGCUUGUUGGCAAUAGCUCAGCCUUUUGUCAAACGUAGGAAAAAUACACAAGACAAAGUAGUGGUUACUUUGUCUUAUGAUACCUUUUGACUGGAAUUUCAUUUUUUUCCCUAUGAAAUGUUAGUUUUGUGAGGGAAAUGGGGGCAUCCUGCUUAAAAGCAGAAAUGUUAUACCUUGACCCUAACAUUUUCACUAUGUGGCUUUCUAAAGCAUAGAAUGUGACCACAAUUCUGAAAAUGGAAUUGAAUAGGUGACAAUUGAAAGCAGCUUACAUUUCCAUGCAUGUCCAAUAUUUAAUUGCAGUGAUUCUGCCAGUGGAAACAUACCGUAUAGGCGGAUUGGAUUUCAAUUCAUCACAACUGGUUGUUUAAUGUUUUGAGACAUUUGCUAUCACUCUAGCAAUCAUUUUCACUGAGAUCCCCAAUGACUUUAUUAAACAUUGUUGUUGCUUACACAGAUGCUAUGUAUGUAUGUGGUUCUAAUGUUCUAUGAAUAAUAACUAUGUAAGAACGGUUAGAGAAUUCUGAGUACAAUGCACAGAAGGGCAUCUGAGCAGCACCUGGAUGAAAAAGCAAGACACUGUUCCUUACAUUUUAUUUAUCCAUUGUAUCCUGAAAAUGUUGGUGUAGGUUGGCUUCUAUCCAGUCUUUCUUUUUCUAUUAUUUACAUAACAAUUUUAUUUCUACACUGCUCUCUGCUUUACUGAACAGAUAACUCCCUCUUUAUUUGUCUCUCAAUCUGUGUAUCUCAACGCAGAUUUCUUGGAUGAAGAUGAUGAAGAGGAGGCAUUGAUAACUGGGACUCAAACCAAGCAGAAGACUAAAGAAGAAGAAAUCAGAAACCAUAUGCCACCCAGUAGUCCGGGUCAGGAACAGACCUAUAGUCCACAUACUGAUUCCCUAGGACUAAGUAUAUCCAAUGGCAGUAUGGAUACAUCAGUGCAAAGUCGGACUCUUAUGUGGGCACCAAGGGACAAUCUACCAUCUGCACAACGUGGUCAUAGGAGAAAUACAUUGCAUCUGGGAGAAACUGCAGGAAGGAGAGGGGAGCUAGAACCCACAGUUGGGAGGUCUCAGGUCAGAGCAAAUGGUGUAUUGGAUAUGGACCCUACAACAAAAAAGAUGUCUGAAACUGGAGGUGAAAUGAUAAAAGGAAAGUCGGAGAUGAUGACGAGACGUGAGCACUCAGAUAACCGAAGCAGAACUAAAACUCUAGCUCAUAAAGGAGUGCAUGAAAGAUCAGACUUGGCGGAGAAACAAAGUAGGAUAGAGGUCCGGCCUAGUGAAGGAUAUCAUUCUGAGCUCCCCACCAGAGAAGAAGCUCCAAAAGAAAAGUUAAAUGACAACACAGCAAAUAGGAAAGAACCAGACAAAGUUUAUGUUACACGUCUUCUUUCUGGAGUUCGAAAAUCCAGAAGAGUCUUCCCUGGUAUGCUCUUGCCUCAACCCAAACCCCGUAAAUCUUUCAGUCAACGUGACAAUGCUCGGUUUGCUGCACCUUCCAAGCCUCUUCGUGGAGGUAGAAUAUCCAAGGCUUGGAGCCCUCCUGAUACCUCUGAACUUUUCAAUUGGGAAGGCCAAACAGAGGGCCCUGAAAUUAUUCUUCCUACCUCAUCAAGUUCCCCUGGGGGGCCACAAACUCACGGCUUGUCUUCUGAAAACCCAGCAGAAGAACUGCAAGAUUAUAGCUAUGAAGAAGCGGAACCACGGCAGCGUUGGCCUGAAGAGGCCAUCGACUGGCAACGCACAUUUAGUGUUGGCACAGUGGACUUUGAGAUGCUAAGGUCAGACUGGAAUGACCUACGCUGCAAUGUGAGUGGUAACUUGCAGCUCUCAGAGGCAGAGACUGUGGAUGUGGUGGCACAGUAUAUGGAGAAGCUGAAUGAAAAGAAUGGAGGGUGAGAGUCCUAAAAUUUUAUAAACCUCAAACCAUAACUUAAUUUGCUAAAUGUGUGCAUACCAACACUAUUUAGAACAAAUUGUAGGUUAAAUAGUUCUAGUAUUCCCCUCUAGCCAUCUUCCUAUGUACUUUCAUUAAGCAUUUAUUGUUUUAUCUACUUAUCCACCUUUUAUCUAGUGAAAUCUAUUCAUUCUACACUGUUCUAUUCAUUAUCUGCCAUGUUUCUUUCUUACACGCACUCUUUAACGUGUUUCUUUCCCAUCAGAAUAUACACUUUACUACGUAUAAUUAAUGUAGAAAAGCGCCGUGAUUCUGCCAGAGGAAACAGAUACCUUAUUGAGCUGGAGUUGGAAGAGCGAGGACAUCGGAAGGUGAGACUGGCCGAAUAUGUGUACCUCCUGAUUCAUCGUGGGGCAGGUAGUGACAGUGAUGAAAGCCCACCAGCAGAAACCCCUGAAAUAACUCCCAGCCCACAACUUCCAAUCUACACUAAACCAAUCUUAUGCAGACCGGUGAGUCUGACCUGGAAUCCACGCGCCACGGUGCACUUUGUUAUUCCUGGUGAGUGCGGCAAGAAGGUGGGAUAUAUUUAUGAUGUGUGGUAUGGUAAAGCUCAUAAUGGCACAUGGCAACUUACAUGUCCCAUUGUUUGUCACCAGGUUUAGUUGUUAUUGUUGAUGAUCAAGAUUCUGAUGCCUUUAAAGCUCAGUCCUCCUUAAUUAUAACAACUUGCAGCUCACUGUUUGCUGGCAUGAAUGAGAUGACUUCCCUGGGGACAUUGUAUAGAUUUAUUGACACUAGAAUUAUAUGGUAUGUCUAUUAAAAUAUAAAUCCAACAUUCUAACACAAUGAACCUCCAUUAUAGUUUUUGUAAUAUAAAAAUGUCAUUUUAUAAUACUUGUUAUAUAUUUAUCUUUUUGUUUAUAAUCUGUGUAUCGAUUGGAUUUUUCUCUUUCUAUGCUAAGUUUAUAUUAUUGUUAUAAAUACCUUAUUGACAGAAUUUUAUAUAUAUAUAUAAAUAAUUUUUAAUACAUUGAAUUGUGUAUCCAUGCUAUUUGACCAUUGACGACAAUUAUUAUAUUGUUAUUCCUUUUUGUAUGCAUCUAAUCAUCUGGAAUAAAUACAUAAUAAAAUAACACUACAUUCUAAAAGAGAAUAAACAAAGGAACCGAGCAGCACUCCUCCCUCUCUCUUUUGUUUUCUAGUGGCAUAAAAUACCACUCCCUAUACCGUGAAUCCACUUGCUCCACCUAAUUAUUAUUUUUCAUUAUCAGAGUUUUCUUUUUUUUUCAGUUUACCUAUCCAUUCUUACUUUAAUUCUUUUCUUUCUUUGUAAUACUCAGCUCUUUAAAUUCUUACUUACGUAAUUGUUUUUCUCUCCCUGCUUAGUAAAGAACCAGGCUCGCUGGGUUCAGCAACUGAUCUCGGAUCUGGAAUUCCUGUACAUCAACACCAACGACGAGCAGUUUAAUCUCAUCAUUGUGGACUAUGAUAGUGAGGAUAUGGAAGUUGAGCAAGCUUUGCGGCGUGCCAAGAUACCAAGGUAACAGUAUCGACAAUAUCUAUUAAUUGGUGUUACAAUGUACUUGUGUUUUUUUUUAAAUUAAUUUAAUAAUAUGCAUGUGUUUAUUUAUUAGAUUAUCCAUGUCUCUGAUUAUAGUGAGGGAUGUUCUAGUGUAAUUGAAGGAAUGGAGUCUUUAUAAGCGGUGUCUGAAAAUGCAUAGAUUUAUAAAUAUUAAAAUUCCCACAAGUCAGAGGAGAUGUCUGGGAGAUUUGAUGUCCAGUGGAUUGUUCAGUAGAGGAACUGGUUCUGUAAAAUCCAGAAUGUGGAAUUUGUGAGGUGUCCUUCCUUGUUCCAGAUAGAGAUGAAUAUUGUACAAAUUUUUUUUAAAUCUCAUUUUCAAUACCAAGUUAGAUUAUACUGUUUGCAUCCUAACAUGAGAAAUGACUGACGUCGUUAAUGUAUAAUAAUAACGAUAAAAAUAAGUUAUCUUGGAAUUCCAGUCCGGAAUUCACAUUUUUUUCAUACAUCUGAUGCAUUAUUAUAAAACUGUACAUGGGGGGCGCCUGGGCCUGUGGGGGUGCGCUGUGGGCCUGCUCUGGUGGGAGGGGCGGGUGCUGUGGGGGCCUGCUCUUGUGGGAGGGGCAGGGGUGCUGUGGGGGCAUGCUCUGGUGGGAGGAGGGGCCUGGGUGCUGUGUGCUCCUUCUUUGGUGGGAGUGGGGUGCUUUGGGGUCCUGCUCUAGUGUCUAGUAGGAGGGGGGUGCUAUGGAGGCACCUGUUCUGGUGGGAGGGUGGUUUGGCCUAUGAUAUUGCUUUCCUUUGCUGUUUUUCUGCUUAAAAUACUAUUAAUUAUUACUAAUUAAUAAUUACUACAAUUACUUUGGCUCUUUCUCAGUUAUCAGUACCUAAAGAGAAGUGGGAAUUUUGAGCGAGCUGCCGGUUUGCAAGCGGGAGUGGAUACUAUAAAGGUGAGUUAAACAUCCAUUUGACUGUGAGUUCUAUGUUGGAGGUGACUGCCUUCUCUGCUAAUUGCUGUGUGCUAUUUUUAUUUUGUGCAGGACAAUCAUAGCAUUGUGUUUCUGUGUGAUCUACACAUACACUUUCCUCUCUCGGUGUUGGACAGUGUGAGGAAGCAUUGUGUGGAAGGGCGGCUGGCCUUUGCUCCCAUUGUAAUGAGGUUAAGCUGUGGAAGCUCCCCGCUACAUCCCCGUGGUGAGUAUUCAAUAUAAGCUGUUCCAACAUAGUACAAAUUUUACCAUUAUUGUAAAAACGUUUUUAUAAUCCAGGUUUUUGUUUUUUUCCUCUUUGACUACUUAAAAUCUUUUAUUCUUUCAGGAUACUGGGAGGUUAAUGGAUUUGGUCUUUUUGGGAUUUACAAGUCAGAUUUUGAUCGAAUCGGAGGCAUGAACACAGAGGAAUUCAAGGACCGCUGGGGAGGGGAGGAUUGGGAGCUGCUGGACAGGUGAGAAAAUAUAUAAAUAACACACACACAUACGCAUGCUUAUUCACAAGCAAACUAGUACACAAGUCUCCCAAACAAACUCCGUCAGUUGGCACUUUUGGGAGAUUUCUAAAAAUGUUGUGUUCUAAACAACAGAGCACAUUACUAAACGUGGUGCAAUUACCAUGGAAACUAGUGGCAGCAGGCAAAUUCUAUUAUCCUUUUGCCUUAAUUCACUACUUUUCAUGAUACUUUGAUAAAUCUACAGUAUUCCUUUAACUUGAACCGUUUAAACCCAACAUUUUGCUUUUGAGUGAAAAGCUAAUUCUGUGUCAAUCACAGCCCAUUAGUUGAAAACAUGUGCUAGCCAAUUGGCUAAUACCAUCAGCCAAUGAGCAGUGACUAUCGGCAUGUACGCUGAUAGUGGAUGUGAUUCUCUCACUCCUGCAGUGAGGACAUCUUUUAAGUUGAAAUUGUUGAAUGCUUUUGGUUCCACUAUUUUCAUUAAAUGUGGAAACAGGAUAGAUUGAAAGCCACAAGUACGUUAAAAUAAAUAAAUAAAUAAAUAAAUACAAAAAGUGUAAAUCAAGACAUAAUUUAUUUUUUUUUCCUUUAAACUUUUAUGCUCUUGACCUUACUACGAUUUAUGGUCUGUUUUAUCUCUUUAUAUCACCAACAUAUUCAACCUAUCGUUCCUGUAAGUUUUCUUGUAAUUGUCCUAUUUAUAGUUAAAUCCCCCCUGUAAUAAAAUGUAAAGUGCUAUGGCAUCUGUUGGCGCUAUAUAAAUGGCGAUAAUAAUCUUCACCUUGAUGAUUCCUUUAGAAAUUUAGAGACAUUCCACUGCCCAAAUACAAAAAAAAAAAAGAAAAUCACAGUUUAGUAGACAAAUUACUAAUGAAAACUUGCAAGCGUUAAAUUGUGUGGUUCGGAAAUUCAGUAUCAUAUUCAAAAUAUUUAUUAAUCAAGCAUUUACUGAUCCUAAAGUAGGCUUAUUGUGUUUGACAGCAAAAAGCAGGAAUGCUCUACCAAACAGUAAGUCCCUGUCACCUAAACACUAAGUGCAUAUCUAUUAAACAGCGGGAAUUGUCACCUAAACACUGAGUGUAUAUCUAUUAAACAGGACUGUCACCUAAACACUGAGUGUAUAUCUAUUAAACAGCGGGAAUUGUCACCUAAACACUGAGUGUAUAUCUAUUAAACAGCGGGAAUUGUCACCUAAACACUGAGUGUAUAUCUAUUAAACAGGACUGUCACCUAAACACUGAGUGUAUAUCUAUUAAACAGCGGGAAUUGUCACCUAAACACUGAGUGUAUAUCUAUUAAACAGGACUGUCACCUAAACACUGAGUGUAUAUCUAUUAAGCAGCGGGAAUUGUCACCUAAACACUGAGUGUAUAUCUAUUAAACAGCGGGAAUUGUCACCUAAACACUGAGUGUAUAUCUAUUAAACAGCGGGAAUUGUCACCUAAACACUGAGUUCAUAUCUAUUAAACAGCGGGAAUUGUCACCUAAACACAGAGUGCAUAUCUACCAUCAGCGGGGACUGUCACCGAAACACUGAGUGCAUAUUUACCAUCAGCGGGGACUGUCACCGAAACACUGAGUGUAUAUCUCUUAAACAGUUUAGGUGACAGUCACCUAAAUACUGAGUGUAUAUCUAUUAAACAGCGGGAAUUGUCACCUAAACACUGAGUUCAUAUCUAUUAAACAGCGGGAAUUGUCACCUAAACACUGAGUGUAUAUCUAUUAAACAGCGGGGACUGUCACCGAAACACUGAGUGUAUAUCUAUUAAACAGCGGGGACUGUCACCGAAACACUGAGUGUAUAUCUAUUACACAGCGGGUAUUGUCAACUAAACACAGAGUGUAAAUCUAUUAAACAGCGGGAAUUGUCACCUAAACACAGAGUGCAUAUCUACCAUCAGCGGGGACUGUCACCGAAACACUGAGUGCAUAUUUACCAUCAGCGGGGACUGUCACCGAAACACUGAGUGUAUAUCUCUUAAACAGUUUAGGUGACAGUCACCUAAAUACUGAGUGUAUAUCUAUUAAACAGCGGGAAUUGUCACCUAAACACUGAGUUCAUAUCUAUUAAACAGCGGGAAUUGUCACCUAAACACUGAGUGUAUAUCUAUUAAACAGCGGGGACUGUCACCGAAACACUGAGUGUAUAUCUAUUAAACAGCGGGGACUGUCACCGAAACACUGAGUGUAUAUCUAUUACACAGCGGGUAUUGUCACCUAAACACAGAGUGCAUAUCUACCAUCAGCGGGGACUGUCACCGAAACACUGAGUGCAUAUUUACCAUCAGCGGGGACUGUCACCGAAACACUGAGUGUAUAUCUCUUAAACAGUUUAGGUGACAUACACCUAAAAACUGAGUGUAUAUCUACCGAAACACUGAGUGUAUAUCUAUUAAACAGCGGGGACUGUCACCGAAACACUGAGUGUAUAUCUAUUACACAGCGGGUAUUGUCAACUAAACACAGAGUGUAAAUCUAUUAAACAGCGGGAAUUGUCACCUAAACACAGAGUGCAUAUCUACCAUCAGCGGGGACUGUCACCGAAACACUGAGUGCAUAUUUACCAUCAGCGGGGACUGUCACCGAAACACUGAGUGUAUAUCUCUUAAACAGUUUAGGUGACAGUCACCUAAAUACUGAGUGUAUAUCUAUUAAACAGCGGGAAUUGUCACCUAAACACUGAGUUCAUAUCUAUUAAACAGCGGGAAUUGUCACCUAAACACUGAGUGUAUAUCUAUUAAACAGCGGGGACUGUCACCGAAACACUGAGUGUAUAUCUAUUACACAGCGGGUAUUGUCAACUAAACACAGUGUGUAAAUCUAUUAAACAGCGGGAAUUGUCACCUAAACACAGAGUGCAUAUCUACCAUCAGCGGGGACUGUCACCGAAACACUGAGUGCAUAUUUACCAUCAGCGGGGACUGUCACCGAAACACUGAGUGUAUAUCUCUUAAACAGUUUAGGUGACAUACACCUAAAAACUGAGUGUAUAUCUACCGAAACACUGAGUGUAUAUCUACCAAUCAGCAAGGAUUGUCACCUAAACUCCGAGUGCAUAUCUACCAAACAGCAGGGACUGUCACCUAAACUCCGAGUGCAUAUCUACCAAACAGCGGGACUGUCACCUAAACACUGAAUGCAUAUCUAGCAAACAGCGGGGCUGUCACCUAAACACAGAGUGCAUAUCUAGCAAACAGCGGGGACUGUCACCUAAACACAGAGUGCAUAUCUAGCAAACAGCGGGGCUGUCACCUAAACACAGAGUGCAUAUCUAGCAAACAGCGGGGACUGUCACCUAAACACAGAGUGCAUAUCUAGCAAACAGCGGGGCUGUCACCUAAACACAGAGUGCAUAUCUAGCAAACAGCGGGGACUGUCACCUAAACACAUAGUGCAUAUCUAGCAAACAGCGGGGCUGUCACCUAAACACAGAGUGCAUAUCUACCAAUCAGCGGGGACUGUCACCUAAACACCGAAUGCAUAUCUAGCAAACAGCGGGGCUGUCACCUAAACAGUGAAUGCAUAUCUACCAAUCAGCGGGGCUGUCACCUAAACACAGAGUGCAUAUCUAUUAAACAGCGGGAAUUGUCACCUAAACACUGAGUGUAUAUCUAUUAAACAGGACUGUCACCUAAACACUGAGUGUAUAUCUAUUAAACAGCGGGGACUGUCACCGAAACACUGAGUGUAUAUCUAUUACACAGCGGGUAUUGUCAACUAAACACAGAGUGUAAAUCUAUUAAACAGCGGGAAUUGUCACCUAAACACAGAGUGCAUAUCUACCAUCAGCGGGGACUGUCACCGAAACACUGAGUGCAUAUUUACCAUCAGCGGGGACUGUCACCGAAACACUGAGUGUAUAUCUCUUAAACAGUUUAGGUGACAGUCACCUAAAUACUGAGUGUAUAUCUACCGAAACACUGAGUGUAUAUCUACCAAUCAGCAAGGACUGUCACCUAAACUCCGAGUGCAUAUCUACCAAACAGCGGGGACUGUCACCUAAACUCCGAGUGCAUAUCUACCAAACAGCGGGACUGUCACCUAAACACGGAGUGCAUAUCUAGCAAACAGCGGGGCUGUCACCUAAACACAGAGUGCAUAUCUAGCAAACAGCGGGGCUGUCACCUAAACACAGAGUGCAUAUCUAGCAAACAGCGGGGACUGUCACCUAAACACAGAGUGCAUAUCUAGCAAACAGCGGGGACUGUCACCUAAACACAGAGUGCAUAUCUACCAAACAGCGGGGCUGUCACCUAAACACUGAAUGCAUAUCUAGCAAACAGCGGGGACUGUCACCUAAACACUGAGUGCAUAUCUACCAAUCAGCGGGGCUGUCACCUAAACACAGAGUGCAUAUCUACCAAACAGCGGGGCUGUCACCUAAACACUGAAUGCAUAUCUAGCAAACAGCGGGGCUGUCACCUAGACAGUGAAUGCAUAUCUACCAAUCAGCGGGGCUGUCACCUAAACACAGAGUGCAUAUCUAGCAAACAGCAGGGCUGUCACCUAAACAGUGGUUAAUAGUGAAUAUCAGACUUGGGAGAUUUUUUUCCCCCCAAAAUCGAUUCUCAAUUCAGCAACACUGGAGAUUUGUUUCUACUUGGCUACUUUAAAGUAAAUGAUGUUGCCACAAUUUGCUGUGAAGAGAAUUGGACCACUUUUAUUUUAAUGUUCCUACACCCCCGUAGCAGAGUGUGGGUAAUUGUGCUGUUUUCUCAGUGCCAGAGUGAAUAACAGGACAGCUUGAUAGGCAAGUGAAAAGGGCUGCUUUCCAGUUGACAACAAAUAUCUAGAAAUAUUACCAAGAAACGUGAUUCCAGGCCUUUCGGUUGUACAUUUUGGGAUCAGUUUUUGUAUAUUCAGUCCAGGCUUCAAUAAUAAUACACUUAAAGUGAGACUGAAGUGCCUUUAUAAAAGUGGAAAGAGGGAGGUAAAGAGCGAUCAUUAGGAAUGGCUUCCAGCAGAAGAACAAAUUAGGACUUAACUGAAAUAUGUUAAUAGCCAAGUCUGAAAUCUACAUUUAAUGAAAAUGGAGCGUAACAUGGAAACAAAUAAUACCUAAAUUCUAGGAGAUUUUCAGUUUUACUCCCAGGAAGUGACACUAUAGCAUUUUAAAUCCAAGCCUUUGUUUCCAACUCUAUAUUGUUCUCCUAUUUAUUUAGAUCCCCACAAAUCUAAAAAAAACUGUAAUAAAGGGUAUUAUUGCCUUUUUCCUCAUACAGUAACCAGAAAAUAGAGGUUUAUGAUACUCUCUUCUGUGUAGCUGCUUCAUGAACACUGGCUCAAAGACCGUGUAAUCUCUUUUUUAAAAUCAGGUGGACAAGCAUUACAGAUGUUAUUUGAUAACGGUAAUAUCCGCUUAUACAAGUGGAUGACGUGACAAUAAUCAAAGUGUUAUAAAUCAUUUAAACAUGGAACUGUAAUACAUGGAGGAGAUAUCCUCAGGCGUUCAAACGUAGGCAGGCAAUGUAAUAGAGCAGCAGGAAAUGCUAGCAGAAUGCUUGGUUGUAUAGGGAGAGGUAUUAGCAGUAGAAAGAGGGAAGUGCUCAUGCCAUUGUACAGAACACUGGUGAGACCUCACUUGGAGUAUUGUACACAGUACUGGAGACCGUAUCUUCAGAAGGAUAUUGAUACCUUAGAGAGGGUUCAGAGAAGGGCUACUAAACUGGUUCAUGGAUUGCGGGAUAAAACUUACCAGGAAAGGUUAAAGGAUCUUAACAUGUAUAGCUUGGAGGAAAGACGUGACAGGGGGGAUAAAUACAUAAAGGGAAUCAACACAGUAAAGGAGGAGACUAUAUUUAAAAGAAGAAAAACUACCACAACAAGAGGACAUAGUCUUAAAUUAGAGGGGCAAAGGUUUAAAAAUAUCAGGAAGUAUUGGAGUAGUCUAUGCAUUGAAUAGCCUUCCAGCUGAAGUGGUAGAGGUUAACACAGUGAAGGAGUUUAAGCAUGCAUGGGACAGGCAUAAGGCUAUCCUAACUAUAAGAUAAGGCCAGGGACCAAUGAGCGUAUUUAGAAAAUAGGGCAGACUAGAUUAUUAUUAUUAUUAUUUUAUUAUUUAUAUGGCGCCAUCAGGUUCCGUAGCGCUGUACAAAGGGUGGACUAACAAACAUUUAAUUGUAACCAGACACCUCGACGUACAGGAACAGAGAGGUGGAGGGCCCUGCUCAAUGAGCUUACAUUCUAGAGGGAGUGGGGUAUAGUGACACAAAGGGUAAAAGUAGGGGUACGAAGUAAGUUGUUAGAAAAGUAAUGGUUCUUAUCUGCCGUCACAUUCUAUGUUUCUAGUUUAUAUAGUAUAAUAAAAAAUAUGUAUACAAAUAAAGUAUAAAUAAUAAAGCACUGAAAUUUACAAAAUAUAAAAGUGUAGAAGACUUAUGGCUUCCCAUUCCUAUACAGAUUGGAAAGAAAACAGGGGGAAAAAAAGGUGAAAAAACAGAUAAAUAAAAAUAGAAGUGUAGGUGACCUGCACGAAUCAUGGCAAGAUGUAUGGAUUGACGGAGUUCCAGAGAAAAUGUAAAAAAUAUAAAAAAUAUCUAAAAUAUAUAUAAAAAGCUAAAACAUUUUUUGAAUGACUGAGAUCAUGAUGUUCUCAACUGGGGAGGAAGGGCGGCAACUGCAAGACCAGAGCAGCAAGGGUUAAAAGGUGAGCAAAUCUCUCUAAAUACUUUCUAGAACCAUGUAGCUUUAGGAAUGAAUGUAUUAUUGGCUUUUAGUUUGUGGGGGAGUCUUUCUGAGUCUGUGAAUUCCAUAUUCACGUUACAAUUCUAAUUUAAUUAUUUGUUUCUAUGACUGCUUGCUUUUAUAGUGAGCUACAACUUUCUUUACUUUGCCAGUGGCUUCCAAAUAUCUCAAGCCAUAUUACCACCUUUAAGAUUUUUUUUCGGUCCUUUUUAGUCUGUUUUGUUAAAACCUUGUCAUCUUCCUUACAAGUCCAUCAUUGCAGUCGGUUAUGUCAGCCAUCAGCAAAGUCUAGCAGCUUAACCUGCAGUCUGAUGUGAUAGUUAAAGGGACACUAUAGUCACCAGUGCAACUACAUGUAUUGCUAUACUUAUAGUGUUAACACGACCAUCUAGCCCCCUUGGGCCCUCCAUGCCUCCAUAAAUAUAGUAACAUCUUACUGUAUUCAAGCCAGAAGCUGUAGAUCUGCAUGCUGUUAGACUCAGAAAAACAAGUAGUCUGCUGACAUCAUUAGAAGUGGUGGCCUGAUCCAAUCACAGUGCUUCCCCAUAGGAUUGGCUGAGACUGACAAAGACUGACAAAGACACAGAUCAGGGGCAGAGCCAGCAUGAUUCAAACACAGCCCUGACCAAUCAGCAUCUCCUCAUAGAGAUGAAUUGAAUCAAUGAAUCUCUAUGACGAAAGUUCAGUGUCUGCAUGCAGAGGGAGGAGAUACUGAAUCACAGGAUGCUGUGCACAGUGCUGCCAUGUGCUCUGCUGACAGCAGAUCUGAAUGGAGUCCCUCUGGUUCACUCUGAGUGACUGCAACUGGAGGUGUUCCUAGCUUUCAAUGUAAACACUGUAUUCUCGCAGAAAAUACAGUGUUUACACGAGAAAGGCUGCAGGGAGCUAUAGUUCUCACCUGAACAACCUCAUUAAGCUGAAGUUGUUCAGGUGACUAUAGUGUCCCUUUAAGGUGAAGAUGCACUGUAGAAGCUAGGCUUCCUCCUGUAUCAAGAACUCUGCUGUCACAAGGUUGUCAAUCUAACCAGGAUUUGUUAGGAAUAGAUUUGGUAGAUUUACCACUGUCCGUGUCUCACCUUGCUCCUAUACACAGUCCACAUCUGCCCACCACCAUGAUGGGCUUCCGCAUGUCGUCCCCGUGUACAGGCUAUGUCACCUCGCCACUCAGGACCUUCGGGCACUGCAGAGUCCUAGCACCGUCUUUAACGCUGCCAAUAUCGUGAUUGACAGCACCCGUGUCCCCAAAUGGCUCAUGCAUGGACAUCUUCUGAGACAUUAUUAGAAGCUGCUGACAUCCUGCAUCCUCUAUUGAUGCAUGCUGUUAGCGGCACUUGCUGACAUAAUAACGCAAGUUACAGUAGAGCUGUGCAGAGUGAUUGUAACGGAGCUCCCUGAACCCGUCCUUACAAGGACUUCAAAUGUAACGGAGCUCCCUGUACCCCGGCUGGGUACCUCCGCCAAGGACAGCUUCCUAGCUGGAACAGGGGACAAACAGCAUCACUUCUGCCCACAGUCGCCUUUGCUUGACUGGGGCCCUGGAACCGCUCCUUCCUGGAGCCAAAUGGGGAAUUAGCUCUAGUCCUUACAAGGACUUUCCCCGUUGAGUCCCCUGCAAGCUGGAACAGUAAAUCUUCUUUCCCUCCAAUAGCAGGACGACACACAGUUUUGGAGUUGGAAUAGGCUUUUCAUGGAGGCACACUGGCCUUUUAUGCAAGUUUCCCUACAAGGGUGACACCCAGGUGGACCUUGUUGGGCACAGGGACACAAAGUAAACAAACCAAUAAAAACAGAGUCAUACAGUGAGACACUCCCACACACCAACAACAGUAUCCCUCCUCUAUGCUUGGGAGAUAAUUGAAUCAGGAACUGUACUAAUCUAACCCAAUUAUCUGCAAGCACAGAAAAACAUACAAUUUUAUGAAACCCCAAAAAGUACCUUUAAAACCAAACAAAAAACCCAGUCACAUCCCCUGAUAGCCCUGAUCUGGGUGAACAACAUAUCCAAAAAUUACCCGGAUCUGUUCAGGGGUUCAGGAAUUUCCUGGAAGUCAUAGUUUUGACCGACUGUGCACAUGGUCCUAUGCCCAAAACAGCUCCAUGAAAUCAGUGCUAACGGCCAGUCAAGUUUGGUAGUCUUUUACAGGUUUCCCUGCCAGGCCUCUAGUCUGUGGGCAGGAGGCUGGCAAGCAAUCUCCUCCAGGAGCUCGUGGCAAACUCAGGUAAAAAUGGGAGUUUGCCACAGUGAUGAAAAAUGAAAAAGGCAUGAGGGAUGUAUCCCAGCUACACCUAUAAAUGUCACACCAAACACUACUCAUUGCUGGCAAGCUGUGUACUGAUCUUUUGCCAAGACUAAUCACCGGUGAAUCUGCUCUGCCUGGAGGAACCGACCUGUCUGAUCUGACUACGCCUUUUGGAUUCCACUUGUCUAAACAUUGUUUUUGGUGCUUUAAUUUUGGAAGUACUGGGUCCUAUCCUUCAAACUCUGAUAUCCAAAGAAGGAAAUAUCCCAUCAGAAGCAGAUUUUAUGACACACUAACUACCAAAGUUAUGUUGGUUUGGUUGUAUUGUGAUGCCUUAUAAUUUUAGGGAUCAAUUGUCGUUGUUUUUUGUUGUUGAGGUAAUUGAAUUUAGGGAUACAAUCAAACAGGAGGUGAAUACUCUGAAAGGUGCUCCUCAUAAAGGUAGUCUACUAGGCAAGGCCUUUUUUGGUACAUUGAUCUAUAGCGUUAAGGGACCAGUGUAAGCACCAACACUAAAAACUAUUUCCUAAUGUAGUGACACAAGUGCAUAGUUGUUGCCCAUUUUCUCACACAAAUGUAAACUUUUCGCCAUAUCUGGGAAAGUUCAAUGUUUAGAUUUGUAAGAGAACAUGCCGCUAGUGGCCGUCAUUAGUGGAAAGUACGUCCAGGCACUCAAUGUUUCUUUAAAAAGGCAGCUUUAUUGAAAUCUGAAUGUGCAAUGUUUUGGCCUUCACAGAGGCCUUUGUCAAGCUUGAGCCAGAGAACGAUGUUUAAACCUUAAUUAAAGGGACACUAUAGUCACCAGAAGAACUACAGCUUAUUGAAUUUGUUCUGGUGAGUAGACUCAUUACCUUCAGGCUUUUUGCUGUAAACACUGUCUUUUCAGAGAAAAUGCAGUGUUUACAUUACAGGCUGGUGACAACUUCAUUGGCCACUCCUCAGAUGGCUGUUAGAGAUCCUUCCUGGGUCAUGGCUGCCUAAAAUGCAUCCAAACAUUCAGUAUCUCCUCCCUUUGCAUGCAGACACUGAGGAGGACACUGAACUUUCCUCAUAGAGAUUCCUUGAUUCAAUGUAUCUCUAUAAGGAGAUGCUGAUUGGCCAGGGCUGUGUUUAAAUUGUGCUGGCUCUGCCCCGAUCUGCCUCUUUGUCAGUCUCAGCCAACCCUAUGGAUAAUAUAAAAGAAAAAGUGCACUGUGCAAAGGUGAACUAAAAGGAUAGGUACGCUCUAACACCUAAACAAGUGGUAACCCCUACACCACUUCAAAGCAAAUAUACAUACAUACAAGGAAGGUGGAGCUUCUAAAUAUUUGUCUCAAAUUUCUGUAAGACACAAUAUUACAGGAAAUAGCGCAUUACAGUUAUAUAAAUAAUGAAUAAUAAAAGAAAGUAUGGUGAUGUCACUCACAAGCCUGGAGUCAUACCCUCAUAUGACUCCGGUGGUAUGCGCCUCUGGACUAUUCAAGGAUGUCCAAAUCCCCUUUCCGUUGUCCAAUCGGUUGGUGGUCUCCCUUAUACCGGCUUCAAUAUAGAUAAAAAUGCCAGGUGCAGGGUAAUGUUGUCCAAUAAAAUAUAUACUGUAUUUUCUGGCGUAUAAGAUGACUUUUUAACCCUGGAAAAUCUUCUCCAAAGUCGGGGGUCGUCUUAUAUGCCGGGUAUAGGGUCUAUAUGGCUGCCGGGGGCGCCCCCAUCGCCGGCCCUUCUAAUGGUGCAGCUCCUCUUCAUCCUGUCAGUCCGGUCGGGUACCGCGCGGUACAGGAGAUUCAGUUACCUGUUCCCGGCCGGACUGAAAGGAAGUGCACACUGAGUGCUCACUUCCUUACAGUCCGGCCGGGAACAGGUAACUGAAUCUCCUGUACCGCACGGUACAGACUGACAGGACGAAGAGGAGCUCGGCCACCCACUCUGCACAGGGAAGGGGAGGUGAGAAGAAUGUAGGGAGAAUUGGGGGGGGGGAGUAAAAAGAAUGGAGGGGGGGAGUAAAAAGAAUAUAUCGCAAUUAGCCUCCUGUGUGCUAGACAAGCAGGCAUGGAUUAUAUGCCCAAACAGCCUGGCUUUAAAUGCUAUUUCAGAUUAUCAUUAUUUAAUGUCUUGCUGUGUAGCUCUGUCUGCUCACUGUACAUCAUGGCUAAUUUUUAUUUGGUGUGCAUUGGAAGAGGGGUAGUCUUAUACGGCGAGUAUAUCCCAGACUGUAUAUUUUAACUGGAAAAGUUGGUGGGCCGUCUUAUAUGCCCAGUCGUCCUAUACGCCGGAAAAUACGGUAUUUAUUGUUUAAAAAUCAAAUAUAAAAUUCCAAAAAUAAAACAUUCCAAUAAAAUGUAAUAAAUGUCCAGGUUUACUUGUCCAAUGGCUAUAUAGCCUUAAAUAAAUGUCCAAAUCGGUCACGUGAUCCGUCAAUGGAACGCAACGUGCGUUCCACUGUUCGUAAUGCCGGAAAAAAUCUGCCAUCUCGAGGAACACAUCCCUCGUUUCCAUUGAGAAUAAAUGAUACCUCUAUUAACAUAUACAAAAAUAAGAAUCCAUCAUUCCCCUAUUUUAUUUUAUCUUCACUAUAAUGAUACUCAUAUUCUUGUUACAGAGUAUAGACAGGACAUAUAUAGAUUCAUCAAUCCAUUUCAAAAACAUACAUAAUCCUAAAAUUAUAUAAUGUAAAUUAAUAACCCUUUCAAUGGAAUAGGUAUUAAAGUGCUAAAUAUUCUAAAGUGCAAAUGUUAAAGUAACCAUAAAAUCUCCACAUAUUUGGAACAAAAAUUAAUAGUAUAAUUCCAGAAAAUAGUAAAAAUUAAAAUAGUAAAAAUUCAAUAUGACAAUAUUCUUCUUAACACAUAAAAUGGCACAAUUCAAAAUCAUUAUUCAACCCGUGUGGUGACAUUGUGUUAAAGUUAAAAAUGAAUUUCAUUUCUUCUCUUCCUAUGUUCUUAUUAUAAUCCCCUCCUCUCCAAUCUUUUUUCACAAGUUUUACGGCACUAAAAAACAUUCUUUCCGGAUUUUGAUUAUGAUUCUGUUUAAAAUGGUUUGAGACACUAUGUGUCUCGACUCCGUUUUUUAUAUUUCUUACGUGCUCCGCCACUCUUACAUGUAGGUUACGGAUUGUUCUCCCCACAUAUAAAAGAUUACACGAACAUUUUAAAACGUAUAUUACUCCCUUUCGAAUAACAGGUUAGAUGGUCUCUUAUUUCAAAUUUUUGGUUUAUGAAAGGUUCCAUAUUCUUUAUAAAUCGUUUUUUGCUUCUGGUGUUUCUACAUGCCAGGCAUUGCCCGCAUCCAUAGAAACCCUUUUCCAUAGAAAAAAAGUUCCCAUUAUCCAAUAUCGGUUCCUUAUUAUAACUCUGUACUAAGGUGCUCUUUAGGUUUCUGGCUCCUCUAUAAAUUAUUUUUGGUUUCUCUGGCAGGAUAUUUUUAAGAAUCGGGUCAUCAUGUAGAAUGUGCCAAUACCUAUUUAUCACUUUAUUGAUUUUUUUGUUAUUGCCAUUAAAACUACAUAUAAAUGGUACAGUUUUAUUAUCCCAUUGUGUGCUCUCUUUUUUUAUUCUUAUAGAUCAACUUAUUCUUUCUGGGAAUUUUGAGGACAUCUUCUAGGGUUGUCUGUAAUUUGGUUUCUUCAUAACCUUUUUGUAGAAAUUGCAUUUUAAUUUUAUUUGCUUGUGUAAUGUAAUCUUGGUAAUUUGUACAAUUUCGUCUAAUCCUUAGAAAUUGACCUCUAGGGGCAUUUAUAAGCCAAGGAGCAUGAUGGCAACUCUCCUUCCUAAUAUAUCCAUUUGCGUCUAUUUCUUUAAAGUGAUUCUUGGUUGUAAUUUUUGAGUCUGUUAUAGUGAUCUCUAGAUCUAAAAAAUUUAUUAUUUCCAUGCUAAUCUGUGAGGUUAGAACGAUAUUCCAAUCGUUUGAAUUUAAAUAAAUCAUAAAAUCAUUUAAAUCGAUAGGAGUGCCUGUCCAAAUAAAAAAUAUAUAAUCUAUAAAACGUCGAUAGCACACCAAGUUCGCCUCCCAUGGAUGGCCUUGAAAUACAAACUGUUGAUUGAUGAAUCUAUAUAUGUCCUGCCUAUACUCUGUAACAAGAAUAUGAGUAUCGUUAUAGUGAAGAUAAAAUAAAAUAGGGGAAUGAUGGAUUCUUAUUUUUGUAUAUGUUAAUAGAGGUAUCAUUUAUUCUCAAUGGAAACGAGGGAUGUGUUCCACGAGAUGGCAGAUUUUUUCCGGCAUUACAAACAGUGGAACGCACGUUGCGUUCCAUUGACGGAUCAUGUGACCGAUUGGAACGCACGUAACGUUCCACGGAGCCCAGUUGGAACGCAUACCUGCGUUCCAUUGAAGGAGAAGCAGUGAAAACCCGGAAGCGGAAGUAUGACGUGACCCGAUGACGCAGGCACGUACAUCAGACGUAACCCGGAAGUGGGAACCGGCGGCUUUUUUAAAAACCAGGAAGAAAGAAGAUAAACCAAUACAACCAACUGACGAAGCCUUGUUACAAGGCGAAACGUGUUUUGGACAUUUAUUUAAGGCUAUAUAGCCAUUGGACAAGUAAACCUGGACAUUUAUUACAUUUUAUUGGAAUGUUUUAUUUUUGGAAUUUUAUAUUUGAUUUUUAAACAAUAAAUAUAUAUUUUAUUGGACAACAUUACCCUGCACCUGGCAUUUUUAUCUAUAUUGAAGCCGGUAUAAGGGAGACCACCAACCGAUUGGACAACGGAAAGGGGAUUUGCACAUCCUUGAAUAGUCCAGAGGCGCAUACCACCGGAGUCAUAUGAGGGUAUGACUCCAGGCUUGUGAGUGACAUCACCAUACUUUCUUUUAUUAUUCAUUAUUCAUAUAACUAUCUUGCGCUAUUUCCUGUAAUAUUGUGUCUUAAAGAAAAUUGAGACAAAUAUUUAGAAGCUCCACCUUCCUUGUAUGUAUGUAUAACCCUAUGGAUAAGCAUUGUGAUUGGAUCAGGUUACCACUUCUGAUGAUGUCAGCAGGCAAUGGGCAGGUCUAAAGGAAAGGGGGACAAAGCAACCAGCUCCAUACUUGAAUACAAAUAAGAUUUUUACUAUAUUUAUGGAGGCAUGAGGGGCCCAGGUGGGCUAGAUGGUGGUUUUAACCCUAUAGGGUCAGGAAUACAUGUUUGUGUUCCUGACCCUAUAGUGCUCUUUUAAAGUAUUGAAUUCCAUUUUCUUUAGCAUAGUUCAAAGAAACAUGCUCUCAGAUGAAGUUACUACGAAGAGACAAUCGUAUUUGGUGCUGGUAUGUUAUCAUUAAAUUAACAAGAUUAUAGAAUGUCUUUAGUCCUAUAUAGAUAACAAAACACCCCUGAAUAUAGUGACACAUUCACUAAAGUUCCAUUAAAUGUUAUUCACAAUUGAACGCAAUUUACCGAAAGUUGACAAAUAUUUUUUCCUUAACCCUGUAAUGACCAGUGAUGGUUUACACUGUCAUAACAAUCUGUUCUUGAAGGAUUUGGUACCAAAUAUGAGCAGACCUGAAUGUGAUGAUGGCAUACUGUAGCAGCUGAUGACACUGUAUUCAGCUGAUAUAACUUUUUUUAGUCACUGUGGACAAAAUGAUAACAUCAGUACCAGGGAGAGAAAUCUGUUCUUACCGGAUCUUGGGCUGUACUUGCAAAACCCGUCAUAUCAGCAGUUUAAGGUUUAAUGCAGGGAAUGAUCUGGUGCUUCAGAAGAAAUAACUGCAAAUUAUAUUAUUGCAUGGGUCAUUUUCUUAAAUUGGAAAGAAAUGUGCCUUUUGUUUUACUUAUGCCUAGUGCAGGGGUGGAGAAGCAGCAUGUCGAUAUACCCACUCUUGUUUGGAAGAUUGAUUACACCAUGCUACCCAGUAAUGAGCCCCAAAACCAUGCUGCUUUACGUGACAGUAGAGAAUCCAACACACGUUACUUCGGCCUCGCUAAGGAUCAGCUGCAUAGUGCAAUGACAUUUUCAAUGGCCGUCACAUUGAUGGAGAACCACUACGGACUCAUUGCCUUUGGUGAUUCUUGGAAACCCUUUGUGUUUCUAGUUACUGUGCACUUGGUGUUAAUUUGGCAUGUCAUCUUGUUCCCUCUUUAUCCAUGACUUGUCUUGGUUAUUCAAUUUUGAAUUUGUGAUGUUUUCUUAUUCUGACCCAGUCAGAGUUGUUUAUUAAAGUGAGAAUUGUCAGGAAUUAAACAUAAAGUAAAUGUCAAAUUUAAAGCCAAAAUAGCUGAAUUGGAAAGAUUAUACUUCCAGCUCAGACAUUUUGAUCUAAAUUUUGAGAUUCACUUUGAAUUCACAAUUUUUACUUUGGUGAAUAACCCUGAAUGAGUUAUUUUGUUUUACGGUGACCUUCUUCGUCCCUCGUUGGAGGUAUUUCUGUUAGGCCAGCCUCACCAAGGUCAAGAAACCUUUGGUUUAACUUUUUUUUCUAUUGUUCUGUAUUGUGGUUGACCUAUGUUAGCCUUUUCAGUUGUAUGAUCCUAACAAUAUGAAAGUAAAAACCUAAAUGAGACUAGACAUAGGAAAAGGACGUCCAAUUAAACAGUAUAGAAAUAUAUAUAUAGUCAGAGUACAAGAAAACUGCCUCCACCUCAGAUCAGAAGCUUCUUUGUGUGUUACUGAAAACAAACUACUGUAGAUGACCUAUUUUUGUCCAUUAUGGCUUUAAAACAGCGCUGUAGACACUAUAACCACUCACUUUAUCAAGCUGGCUAUGGUGCCACUACAAACAGGAUUUUGUUUCACAAAUUUAUCAAAGUAACAAAAUAGAGUUUUAAGAAGAAGCUUGUAGCCCCAUCAAAGAAAGAGCUGGCCGAGGGAGUUACACCUCCUGGAUCUCUGCACACUAUGCUAAUGUGUAGGGAACACACUGCUCCCUUGAAGGAAGCACUUGCAAGUAAAAAGACUGCUCCGUCACUCUAUGAUUGUGAUUGGUUGUAGGCACACAUAGCCGUGCGGAAUCCCCGUCACCAGAGACUAGAUUUGGAGAGGAGUUUCAUCACAAACUACAAUUAGUCUGCAUUUGAAAUGAUCAGGUGAAUGCUCGAAUUCUGAAAUGUUGCCAAAUCAUGAAAUAAACAAAACACACGAUGGCCAGACACGUACACCUUGAUUUGUGAUUCUGAAUUCCACUCAUCUCUGUACAUAUAUAUUUCCUAUUUAUUACGUAUAUAAGCUAUCAAUACAGAUACAUUUUUUCUGCUCCUAUUAUUUUUCCAUCUGUCGGAUACUUUUUCUCAUUUGAUCUGUGAAAUGGCAGGAAAAUGCAGCUACCAGUAUAAACAUCUAUCUUUAUUAACACAAUUCAGCUAAAUCGCCCAAUGGCCGAAAUGCCUCUAAAUAUAAUACUACCUUAAAAAUGUUUUGGGUGGAUUAUUUAAUGGAAAGUGUAAAAUAAUCUUCCGACGCUUGCCUGUUUAUUCCAAACACACACACAUAUGGAAGGCACAUGUCUUAAUCGAUCUGCCAACUGUGAAAGCUCUCUUACCUCGGUCCUCAGAGCCUCCUGUACAUCCUGGGCAGUGAACGCGGAAUACCCUGAUGAUUUCUGCAGAUCCAACAUUUGGGCUUUUUAAAAUACAUUUAUUACAUUUGUAAGGUAGAGGAAUUGUGGCAACAGCAAGUAUUCAGAUUGGCCAAAGAGAUGUCACAGACUGUUAAAACAGAAUAUUACAUUGUUGCAGCAAUACAUGGUGUGAUUUUGGUUCUUCUGAUGGGUGCCUAUUACCAUGGAGACAACGAGGGAAACAACAAAACAUAUUUAUGCUCACAUUCCUCUUUUUUUCCACCCAACUGAUGGGAAAGUUACACCAGGCUCCUGGUUCUAAGUCUCUAGUGUUUGGGUUGGGCUAUGUGUUAAAAGCACAGGAUCUGUGCAGACAGCGCUUUGUAGUAUAAGGUCUCAGUGGUUCACAGGAGCUAUUGGACAUUGAUCUCUGGAUAAUCCCAGACUUGUUCCCCAUUUUAAGGGGGUUUUCGAUCUCCCUAUUGCAGACAUCCCAACAUGCAAAAAUGCAUUUUACCAGCUUUUGCACCUCACUUCCCCCCAAGCAUACACACACAGCUACCAAACAUAUAUGAACACCUUGACACACAGAUACACUGGCACUAACACACUGUUUGAUACACAUUAACAUACACACACUGACAUACAGAUGAACACACUCAGAAAUACACUGACACACAUACAUACUGACAUACUUAUAUAUACUGACAUCACAAUCAGAAACACACACACGUCAUACUUUAUAUAUUUGCAGCCACCCUUUAUGUUAUCUGUUAUAUUUUGUUAUCUUUGUGUCCAAGAGGGUGACUUGCUUGCGGUUCUUGGCUGAGGCUGAUGGGAGUAAGCAUGCUGCAGCAGCUCAAUUCAGCCUCUCCUUGGCAUCCAUGCUGCCUGUACAGCCGCUACCUCCAGCUUCCUCUCUCCAUUCCUCCCGGGCAGCUCUGUUUGAAGCAGGGUGGAAGUGACAGGCUGUCGCUCCGUCCAGCUGAUAUCACAAGGGCCUGGUUGACUCUUUCUUAACUCUAUAUAAGGCCAGUUGUGGCUGCCGAUAAACAUAUUCCAGCUUGUACUCCCAGAACUAUGUGUUGUCUGGUUACUGGGAUUGGAAAAGGCUAUUCUUUAAUCACUGUUCCAGUGUGGAGGAUUCAACAGGGAAAGUCCUUGUAAGGACUAGAGCUCCCAGGAGUGAGUGUCGUCCAAUGCCUGGUGGUGUCUAGAGUGAAUUCCUCAGUUGGCUCCAGGACCCCAGUCACACCACAGCGACUGUGGAGAGAAGUGCUGCGGUUUGUCCCUGUUCCAGCUAGGAAGCGGAGGUGUCACAUAUUCAUCCGCUUAUAGAAAUGUGGUUAAUGACAUUUACUGUCCACACAGGAAAAGUUGUGCCGAGCAGCAACCUAAUCCACAGAAGGGUUAAUGCUGAGCAGCAAUUAUGCAAAUGAAACCUGGUAACUGACUUUGGGGUCAAAGGCCGGUUACAGCCUAUCAGAAACUAAAGGAGGGGUAUUUAGGCCCAGUUCUCAGCCUGCUCAGUGCCCUGUCGUGGUUUCCCUUGUGGUUGUCUGAGAGCGCGUUCCUGUUUAUAGUUUUCUACCUGGUUUUUGACUUUGGCUUUGUUUAUUGACUUCUCUAUAUUCUGGUAUCCUGACUCCUGGCUUUCCUCAUCGCUGUGUCCCUUUCUGUGUUCCCUGACCUCGGCUAGUAUUUUUGACUAUUCUUUGUACGUUAAAUCCGGCCAUUCUAAGGACCGGUAAUACGUUACUUAUUUGUCAUCCGUGCUGUACAGUUCUACAUGCUGGAUCAAACAGUAAUCCUGACAUUACGACAUGGCCAUAGAUCCUGUAGAACUGUGUCAGCACAUAGCUGCUUGCGAGAGGAAAUUAGAGGAGAAUGAUCACCGCAUGGAUUAAUUCACUCAGGCUUUAAGUACGCUUCUCGCUAGAACGGAGCAUCUGCAGCCUGCAGCGUCUCCUCCUAUAGCACCUCUACCCUGUGUACCUCCACCCACUGUUAAUAGGACUCCUUGCAUCUCCUUAUCACCAUCCCUACAGUUUGAUGGCAAUAUCCAGGAAUGCAGGGGUUUUCUUAAUCAGGUGGAGUACCAUUUUGAGGCCUCACCAGGGUCAUUCCCCACGGACAGAGCAAGAAUUGGUUAUCUAAUGAAUCAAUUAAAGGGCAAGGCCCUUGCCUGGGCUAAUCCGUUGUGGGAGAGUAAUCGGAGCAUAGCUCAUAAUUACCAGGAAUUCCUUGCCGAAUUCAAGCUCACGUUUGAGCCAUUGGGUAGAGAGGAUGACGCCUCCACUGCCCUAAUGCACAUCAGACAAGGUAACCGGUCUAUCUCGGAUUAUGCUAUUGAAUUCCGUACCUUAGCUUCCGAGGUAGACUGGACUAACAAUGGGUUAAUCUCAGCAUUCAAAAAGGGUCUCUCAGAGACUAUACUAGAUGAGAUAGCCGCUAAAGAAUUACCUAAGAGUCUUAACGAAUUUAUUACGUUUGUCAUGCAUAUUGAUAAUAGGUUAAGACUCAGAGAAGUCACCAGAAGCAAGACCAGACGUACGGCUAUGUCCCUAGCACCUCAAUUCUCUAAACCUGUUUUGUCUAACCUCCCUGUACAGUCCGAACCCGAACCUAUGCAGUUGGGGGUCACUAGACUGUCAGAGGCCGAAAAACAGUAUAGGAGAAGGGAGGGGUUAUGCCUAUAUUGCGGUAGAAAGGGACAUAUGAUAACUAAUUGUCCAGUGCGUCCGGAAAACUUCCGCACCUAAGAACCUUAAGGGGACAGAUCUUAGGUGUGAUGGAGUUGUCCUCUAACAAAAACAAAAGUAGAUUCCUCCUUGAGGUAUCUAUUUCCCUUGAUAACAAGAAGUUUUCUUGCAGUGCCCUAAUGGACUCAGGUGCUGCUGGAAAUUUUAUUGAUGUACAGUUUAUUAGGGGUAAUGAGAUACCGGUCAGGGAGAGACCUACGCCGCUAGCUGUAGAGGCUAUUGAUGGUAGACCACUCACACAACCGCUUAUAACCCACGAAACUGUCCCUAUUACGAUCUCCAUUGGGGCCUCCCAUAGGGAGGAGAUGACGUUUCAGGUUAUUACUUCUCCAUCAUGUCCUAUCAUAUUAGGGUUUCCGUGGCUGAGUAAGCACAAUCCCUAUAUUGACUGGGCUAAUGGGGAGAUAUUAGAAUGGGGUAAAGAGUGUAUGGGGAGAUGUAUAAAACCAGUACUAAAGAGAUUGGAUACUAUUGACCUUCCCACUACCACUCCCCAAACUCCUGGAGUUCCCAUACAAUACCGAGAACUUCAGGAGGUGUUUAACAAGGCUCAAUCCGAUGUAUUGCCUCCCCACAGAGCAUAUGACUGUGCCAUUAACCUGUUUCCAGGCACUAUGCCACCUAAGGGGGCAGUUUAUGCCUUAUCUCCCCAGGAGAGUAAAAUAAUGGAGGAAUACAUCAAAGAAUCCUUGAGCAAAGGGCACAUAAGAAAGUCAUCCUCACCAGCUGGUGCAGGAUUCUUUUUUGUUGAGAAAAAGGGUGGUGAGUUACGCCCUUGCAUAGACUACAGGGCACUUAAUAAAAUCACUGUAAAAAAUGCAUACCCUAUUCCACUCAUUUCCGAAUUGUUCGAUAGACUUCAGGGAGCUAAAGUAUUUACUAAGCUUGACCUUAGGAGCGCUUACAAUUUGGUUAGAAUUAAAGAGAAUCAUGAGUGGAAGACGGCAUUUAAUACCCGUAGUGGACACUAUGAAUAUCUGGUAAUGCCAUUUGGGUUAUGCAACGCCCCGGCCGUAUUCCAAGACUUUAUAAAUGAUGUACUCAGGGAAUUCAUUUACUCAUUUGUCUUGGUUUAUUUGGACGAUAUUUUGGUGUAUUCCCCUGAUCUUCAAACUCACCACUCCCAUGUGAAACAGGUUCUGCAGACGUUGUUGAAAAAUAAACUUUAUUGUAAAUUAGAAAAGUGCAUAUUUGACCAGCCUGAAGUCCACUUUUUGGGUUACAACAUCUCUGCAUCGGGAUUUCAAAUGGAUCCUAAAAAACUAGAGGCUGUACUACACUGGCCAUUACCCUCUGGUUUAAAAGCCAUUCAAAGGUUUAUUGGUUUUGCCAACUAUUACAGAAGAUUCAUCAAGGGAUUUUCUUCUGUAAUAGCCCCAAUCACAAAUAUGACUCGCAAAGGGGUUAGUAGCACGGUAUGGUCCAAAGAGGCUGUGAAUGCUUUUGAGACUCUUAAACAAAGAUUUGCCUCUGCGGACAUACUAAAACAUCCUGACACCAGUAAACCUUUUAUAUUGGAGGUUGAUGCAUCCGAGACAGGGGUAGGGGCUGUUCUCUCUCAGAGAGAAAGCCAGGGAACACCAUUGCAUCCUUGUGGCUACUUCUCCAGAAAGAUGUCUCCUGCUGAGCACAACUAUGAUAUUGGCAAUAGAGAACUGUUGGCCAUUAUUCUUGCCCUCAAGGAGUGGCGACAUCUUUUGGAGGGUUCCAAGACCCCCUGUUGAUCAUAACCGACCACAAAAAUCUGGCAUAUAUAGGGGAUGCCAAACGUUUGUCUUCCAGACAGGCUAGAUGGUCACUGUUCCUUUCACGUUUUAACUUUCUCAUUACUUAUAGACCUGGUUCUAAAAAUACCAAGGCUGAUGCCUUGUCCAGGCAAUUUGAUAAUGAGUCAGCUCCGGAACAGAUGACAUCUCCUAUUAUUCCAGCAGAGUGUAUUAUUGCUACUACUGUCCUCUCACUGUCUUCUCCACUGCUUGGCACCAUACUGGAGGCCCAGCCUCAGGCGCCCAGUGGUAAACCGUGUGAUAAACUGUUCGUUCCCCUAUGUGAAAGGGUUAAUAUCAUGAAAGUGUUCCAUGACAAUAUAACUGCUGGACACCUGGGCAUCAAUAAGUCCACUGCCGCGAUCACUAGAUCAUUUUGGUGGGAUUCACUCAGGAAAGAGUCCAAUGGUACAGCUGAGAGGGCUAACCAGUCAUUAGAAGUUUAUUUGCGUUUUUUUAUUAAUAGCACACAAGACAAUUGGUCCGAACUACUCCCGUGGGCCGAGUUCGCUAGAAACAAUGCUGUUCAUGACUCCUCUGGGCACAGUCCAUUUUUUGUCAAUAAUGGUAGGCAUCCUACGGUUCUCCCUGCGGUAUUUUCUGAUACUGCCAUUCCUGCUCUGGAUGAGCAUCUGGCCUCCAUUCGGGAUACCUGGCUUAAGGUUCAAACUGCUCUAGGGGCUGCUGCUGAACGCUUCAAACAUUUUGCUGAUAAGCGUAGGAGUGCCAACCCUGUGUACCAAGUGGGGGACCGGGUUUGGUUGUCAUCUCGCAACAUCAAGCUUAAGGUCCCUAGCAUGAAGUUUGCCCCCAGAUUCCUUGGUCCCUAUAGAGUGCUUUGUAGGAUCAAUCCAGUGUCUUACUCUCUGGCUCUUCCUGCAUCUUUAGGGAUUCCCAACACUUUUCAUGUGUCCUUACUCAAACCUCUUGUCUGCAAUAGAUAUACUGUUCCUUGUGUUCCUCCCCCUCCGGUGGUGGUGGGUGGUCAGGAAGAGUAUGAGGUAUCUUCUAUCGUGGAUUCUAGGUUUUCUCGGGGCACUUUACAGUACUUGGUUGUUUGGAAAGGUUACGGUCCUGCUGAUCGUUCUUGGGUUUCGGCUCCUGACCUGCAUGCGGGCCGUAAGAUCCGCGCUUUUCACGCUAAAUUUCCUCUCAAGCCUGGUCCUGUCCGCCCGGUGGGCGUUCUUCAGGUGGGGGGUAAUGUCACAUAUUCAUCCGCUUAUAGAAAUGUGGUUAAUGACAUUUACUGUCCACACAGGAAAAGUUGUGCCGAGCAGCAACCUAAUCCACAGAAGGGUUAAUGCUGAGCAGCAAUUAUGCAAAUGAAACCUGGUAACUGACUUUGGGGUCAAAGGCCGGUUACAGCCUAUCAGAACUAAAGGAGGGGUAUUUAGGCCCAGUUCUCAGCCUGCUCAGUGCCCUGUCGUGGUUUCCCUUGUGGUUGUCUGAGAGCGCGUUCCUGUUUAUAGUUUUCUACCUGGUUUUUGACUUUGGCUUUGUUUAUUGACUUCUCUAUAUUCUGGUAUCCUGACUCCUGGCUUUCCUCAUCGCUGUGUCCCUUUCUGUGUUCCCUGACCUCGGCUAGUAUUUUUGACUAUUCUUUGUACGUUAAAUCCGGCCAUUCUAAGGACCGGUAAUACGUUACUUAUUUGUCAUCCGUGCUGUACAGUUCUACGUGCUGGAUCAAACAGUAAUCCUGACAGGAGGUACCCGGUUGGGGGUACAGGGAGCUCUGUUACAACCACCUCAGGUGAAUUGUCACCUCCCCCCAGUGAUUAGUAAUCCCCUCACUCACACCAAUAAAAUGAAACCCUACCUACCCCCUUACCCUAAAAAUAGAGGGGGAGCAAUAAACUAAAUACUUGUAAAUAAAUUGAAAAAAAUUAUACUUACGAUUAAUGUCUUUUUUUUUUAGCCCCCAAAAAAGCCAAAUGAAAAUUUAUAAAUAUGCUUUUUAACUUAUAAAAUAAAACACCUGAGUACAAAAAAAAACAAGGGCACCGCACAUACUGAGCUCCUCAGGCUUAUAAAGCCUACCCACACCCUGCAAUUUAACUCAGAACGCUCUGAUUGGUUGGCUCUGACCGGUAUAUCCUGAACCUUGCAGGAUAUUAUAUAUGAUUUUCAGGUGUCAGGGAGCCGCAUUCAAAAUGCGGGAGUGACUUAGGAUGUCUGUCUUUCUAUCCCACAGCUGCUAUAUUUACACCACACCUGUACUACUAAACCCACACCUGUACUACUAAACCCACACCUGUACUACUAAUCCCACACCUGUACUACUAAACCCACACCUGUACUAAUAACCCCACACCUGUACUACUAAUCCCACAUCUUUACUACUAAUCCCACACCUGUACUACUAAUCCUACGUCUGCUGUAUUGACCCCACACCUUUACUACUAAUCCCACAGCUGCUGUAUUGACCCCACACCUUUACUACUAAUCCCACAGAUGCUAUAUUGACCCCACACAUCUACUACUAAUCCCACAGCUGCUAUAUUGACCCCACACCUGUACUACUAAUCCUACGUCUGCUGUAUUGACCCCACACCUUUACUACUAAUCCCACAGCUGCUGUAUUGACCCCACACCUUUACUACUAAUCCCACAGCUGCUAUGUUGACCCCACACAUCUACUACUAAUCCCACAGCUGCUAUAUUGACCCCACACCUGUACUACUAAUCCUACGUCUGAUGUAUUGACCCCGCACCUUUACUACUAAUCCCACAGCUGCUAUAUUGACCCCACACCUGCGCUACUAAUCCCACACCUGCUGUAUUGACCCCACACCUUUACUACUAAUCCCACACCUGCUGUAUUGAUCCCUCGCCUGAACUACUAAUCCCACACCUGCUGUAUUGACCCCGCACCUGCACUACUAAUCCCACACCUGCUGUAUUGAUCCCACACCUGUACUACUAAUCCCACAUCUACUGUAUUGACCCCACACCUGUACUACUGAGCCCACACCUGCUAUAUUGGCCCCACAUCUUUACAACUGAUCCCACACCUGCUGUAUUGAUCCCACACCUGUACUACUAAUCUCAUGUCUGCUAUAUUGAUCCCACAUCUGCUUUAUUGACCCCACACCUGCAGCACUAUGCCAGAUUUGCAGCAUUUAACCUGCACCCACAGCUAUACCCCACACUGCUGUAUAAUCCUCUCCAGAUAUAGUUAAUUGGAGUGUUAUUUCUCUCUCAAUAUUACAUGAGUCUUGGGGCUAUCAAUGAAAGGAUACCUUAAUCAGACCCCAUAGUUUCAGGUAUUCAUAUGGGCAGGCCCGGACUGGCCAUCGGGCACACCGGGCAAAUGCCCGGUGGGCCGCGGUGGCCAUGGGCCGUGGCCGGCAGGGGAGUUCCCAGGAUCUCCCCUGCCGGUCUAUGCAGGGCCGGCGUUAUCCGAGUGCCGGCCCCGCUGUCUUCCAUGGAGAUCAAAGAUCUCCCUCACUGGCCCACAUGCGCUCAAACGCGGCCGCCGGCGGGGAGAGAGGGGGGGAUAGAGCCAUCCUGGAGAGAGGACCCGGCGGAGCUCUAACUUGCAACUCCGCCGGGUUUCUCUCGCGAGAUCCGGACCGUUGCUAUGGCAACCGGCCGGGUCUCGCGAGAGUGAACUCUAGCCCCAAACGGCUAGAGUUCACUUACCACGAGGACCACCAGGGAUGGAUGUCAGCAGCACGACCCCCUCCCCCCCCUCUUCCAGACUACAGGAAGAAUGGAGGGGGGGGGGAUAUAAUGUAUUUAUUAUUAUUUGUAUUUAUUAUUAUGUAUCUAUUAUGUAUUUAUUAUUAUUAUUACAGCACCCUAACACCAGCACCGUAACAUUGACACAGCACCCUAACACACACACAGCACCGUAGCACUCACACAGCACCCUAACACACACACAGCACCCUAACACCAGCACCCUAACACACACACAGCACCCUAACACUCACACAGCACCAUAGCCCUAACACCAGCACCCUAACACCAGCACCCUAACACUCACACAGCACCCUAACACCAGCACCCUAACAUUGACACAGCACCCUAACACACACACAGCACCGUAGCACUCACACAGAACCCUAACACCAGCACCCCAACACACACACAGCACCCCAACACACACACAGCACCCUAACACCAGCACCCUAACAUUGACACAUCACCCUAACACACACACAGCACCCUAACACAUACAGCAACCUAGCACACACACACAUCACCCCAACACACACACACGACCCCAACACACACACACAUCACCCCAACACAUACACAGCACCCCAACACACAUCACCCUCACACACACAUCGCCCUCAAAUACACAGAACCCUCGCACAGUGCCCUAACACACAGCGCCCUCACACACACAUACUGCACCCCCCCCACACACACCACCCUCCCACACACACUAUACUCCUCACAAAUGCACACUACACCCCUCACACACACAGCACCCCCCAAACACACUGCACCACUCACACACUCACUAGAUCUCCUAUACGCACUCCUGAGUCCUUCAAACACACACUAGAUCCCCUACACACAGACGCUGCACCACUUACACACACACUACAUUUCUGACAUACACACUCAGGAUCCCCUAUGAACACACUAGAUACCCUUUAAGCAAACACAUAGUGUCUCCAUAAAUGGGAUACAGUGAGUAUCCCAAUUAUGGAAACCCCUGAGACAAGUUUCAAGCAAACACAAUGCAAGCAUGUUAUUAAAUUUGCUUGCGCUGUGCAGAUCAGAUACAGGGCCCUUUUCUCAUGCCCUGGAAGAGCAUUGAACCAACAUGCUCACUUUGAGGUGGGGCGUGCUUGUCAUUGGGGAUGACAAAACACACCAUAUCUGGCCCCGCCCCCUUUUCAGUGGGCCGCUGUAAUUAAAAAAAAUUUCCCCAGUCCGGCCCUGCAUAUGGGACUCCAGCUUCUGUCAAUACUCCAAGCAACACCACUGAACCGUGCACAAUUACAUGCGUACAUUUGGUUCAAGAAAAGCCUUUACAAUUUUUAUUCUUGCCAUUUUUGUUGUUUUAGAAGAAUAUGUAUAUAGAACAGUUUACUCGGUUAGUUUUUUAAGAGCCAAACAUUCAGACAAUGUUUGCCCAACAACUAUUGAGACACAGCAUGCAUUUUGUAGAGAGGCAAAAUAGUCUGCAAGCUAGCACAAUUACUGGUGCUUAAAAUCACUGUGUGCUUCUCUCAGCCGGUAUUGCCUCUGCUUUCAAUACAAGGGCAACACUUCUCUCUCUUUGUAGCACUUUGCACAGCUGGAGACUUGUUCUAAAGCGGUCUUCAGCAGAAUAUUUGGUGUGGAACCAGGGACUAUUAUUUUAAAAGGUCAUAUUUAACCCCCUUCAUGCUUGUUAAAUGUCAGUACUGAGGCCAUAACCAUAAACUAUGUUGUAAAAACCUAUUCCUAACAAUAAAAAAUUGGGGAGUGUCCACCAGGUGGAAGACCUGCAUAAAAGCCAGGUAGGUAGCCCCAGUAAAUCAGUUCUGCUUGAUCCUCAAACAAAGUGUUGUCUCGUUCUUGGGGGAAUUGGAUUGUAUGUCGGUACAGUGCGACUGCCAAGAGUGUAAACUGUUCGUAUGAAAAGGGGAAUAUCGCCUAAACAUUUUUAACCUCUUGUGGGCAAAACGGUCCAUUACAAUUGGUGGCAAGCGGCGGGAUCAUUCCCACAGCCCAGAAGGACAGCUACAAGGCAACACCAGUUCCUGGAUUACAAAUUGAGGGCAACGCUAGUACCCGUACAGCGCCCCUAUCUACAAAAGAACCAACUUCAGCAGUGCAAGCAUGGCGCCCAAUUACAGUCAGGAGCAGUUCGACAGAUUAAUGCGGUGCUGACUUACUAUGGACCGAAUCCCUCGGAGAGAUCCGUGCAGCAUGUGAAGAAAAUAAUAAGAGAGUACCUGCAAUUUCUAGCAGAUUUUGCCAGGGGGAAGAGACCCCAGCGGCCGAGUUACAGGAAGACAAAGGUGUCGUCCUUCCUCCCCAGCGGCAGUGUGUGUUACAGGGAGCCGAAGGUGCCGUCCUUCCUCCCCAGCAGUCAAGGGAGACAAAGGUGCCGUUCCUCCUCCCCAGCGGCAGUGUGUGUUACAGGGAGCUGAAGGUGUCGUCCUUCCUCACCAGCGGCAGUGUGUGUCCUUAGGAGAGGAGACAGUUGGUCCCUCUCUCCAGCAGUCAAGGGAAUUACAGGGAGACAAAGGUGCCAUCCUUCCUCCCCAGCGGCAGUGUGUGUUACAGGGAGCUGAAGGUGCCAUCCUUCCUCCCCAGCGGCAGUGGGUGUUACAGGGAGCCGAAGGUGUCGUCCUUCCUCCCCAGCGGCAGUGUGUCCUGCCGGGAGCAGAGACAGUCGGUCUCGCUCCCCAGCAGCGGGACAAUAUAUCAAAAGGGGAGACGGUCGUUUCCCCUCUCCACCAGCAGAAAGAGUGUCAGGGAGAGGAGCUUGUUAUCCCCUCUCCCCAGCGGCAGCCUAGCCCACCAAGGGGAGAUAAGCCCCACACCGGUGCAGAUGGGACCGUAGUCUCUGUGCCCAAACCACAGGGGGUAGGGACGGUCAGUCCUGUCCCCCAGCAGCAGGGCUGGUUGCCCAAAGGGGAGACAUUCUGUCUCCCCCUACAGCAGCAGCACCAGAUCCAGAGAGGGCAGCCUAGUACCCCUUCUCCUCAGCGGGGCUCCAACCAGGCUACUCCCGUUAUAGCGCUGGCACCAAGUACCGCUGGUCUCUGCCCACUCUGCAACCCACUGACCUGGAAUAGCAGCACCCCACACAGUAGUGGUGAAGCACCUGGACAAAGCUACUCAUUUCCCCAAGUGUAGUAACCCUUUAUUGUGGGUGGGCUGUACUGCUGAUUGUUUUCUGUGGGUGAGUUGCUGGACUAACCAGGGCACUGACCGACAGGAGGUCAGAUACCCUGUUAGUCUGAUUGGUAAAGGGGAGAAAUGUGACGGAACCAACCUUGCCACUGGCCACUGGAGGAGCCUGGUUGCCCGCCGCUGGACUAUGGCCCUGCAUUAAAAACCUUUUAUUUUCCCUAUGUGAGCAGUGUUACCCCAGAUAGCUAAGCCAUGGAGCCCAUUCGUAUACCGAAAGACUAUGGGAAAGACUUUGGCUCCAUGACGAUUGAACUGUAUGUAUGUGAUCUGAGCGCCAUCCAGUAAUAAUGUGCGCUCAGAUCUAAGCUAUCUGGAGAUAUGUAGAAUGUGUAUGUUCUAUGUGACAAAUGUAACAGUAUGUAAUUUUAUGUCUUUUAUUGUCCUUUGUCUGCCAUGUGGCUAAUGGAGUUUUGCCUCUGUCCUUGGAGAUAAUUGGAUUACUUCCCAAUUAUCUCCAGGACAGAGAGGAGGGAUUGUGAUGCAUUGUGGGAUUGUAAGCUUGUGAUUGGUCAAUGUCCAAUAUGUUUCCCAGUUUCCCAUCUGGUCCCCUAGGGGAGUGUCCACCAGGUGGGAGACCUGCAUAAAAGCCGGGGCAGGUAGCCCCAGUAAAUCAGUUCUGCUUGACCCUCAAACAAAGUGUCGUCUCGUUCUUGGGGGGAAUUGGAUGGUAUGCUGUUACAGUGCUACUGCCAGGAGUGUAAACUGUAUGGUUUUUCCUGUUCGGCUGUUUACAGCAUUCUUGUGUUUCCUGUUCGGGAGUUGGAGUUUUCAUGUGUUUGCAGAUCGGGAGAUUGGUGAAUUCAUGUGUUUGCAGUUCAGGAGAUUGGUGAUUGCAGUAGCUGCCUGUGCAUCUGAAAAGGGGAAUAUCGCCUUAACAGUUUUUAAACUCUUGUGGGCAAAACGGUCCGUUACAUCCUUCUUUCUGUGCAAAUCUGUACACAUUGCAUGAGCUUUGAGCCCGACCCUCCCCAGGAAGUAGCUUGGCCAAUCCGAAGUCUCUCGUUCUGGCCUACAGAGUCUGAAUUGUCGAACCCGGUACUAGAAGAGUUAACGUGUAGGGAGAGUGGCUCACCAGCUCUGUGGGCAGACUUGAGUUUUGCUCCCAGCAGGAGUUUCUCAAAAAAAAAGUUAUUAGCUUUCUUAUUAUGAAAAAUGCAUUUAUUUCCAAAAUCUGUGCAAAAAAUAUAUAGUUAAUUAUUUAAGCCAAAAGCUGUAAAAUUCACAAAAAUGUAUUGGUGCUGGGGUGCUCCUUAAAGGACCACUAUAGUGCCAGGAAAACAUACUCGUUUUCCUGGCACUAUAGUGCCCUGAGGGUGCCCUGGCUCUGGAAAGGGGUUAAAUCUUACCUUUUUCCAGCGCUGGGCGGAGAGCUCUCCUCCUCCGAUCCUCCUCUUCUCCUCCCCGUCAGCUGAAUGCGCACGGGCGGCAACAGCUGUGCACGCAUUCAGCCGGUCACAUAGGAAAGCAUUCAUAAUGCUUUCCUAUGGACGCUGGCGUGCACUCACUGUGAAAAUCACAGUGAGAAGCACGCAAGCGCCUCUAGCGGCUGUCAAUGAGACAGCCACUAGAGGAAAUAGAGGAAGGCUUAACCCAUUCAUAAACAUAGCAGUUUCUCUGAAACUGCUAUGUUUAUGAAAAAAUGGAUUAACCCUCGCUUGACCUGGCACCCGGACCACUUCAUUAAGCUGAAGUGGUCUGGGUGCCUAGAGUGGUCCUUUAAACUUUUGUUAUAUAAAAAUAUAAUAAGGAAUUAAGAAUCAAAAAGUAUUUUAACCUCUUAAAAACGUCAUGCAUGGUAUGUUCUACCAUCCCGUCUCUAGAAUACAAAUAUUUAUUCUUUUAUUUCUCCUCCACGUAGGGUCCUGCAGAACGGACUAGAAGUGGAACGUCUACGUCUGAGAAACUUCUUCCAUUAUUAUCACUCCAAGAGGGGUAUGUGGAACACCAAGAACCAGGACAGCGCUGCCAAGGACUGAAUCUGGACUGAUGGAGUAUCUCUAAGCCCAGUUCCGAAGUAUACUUUUUGGAUCCUUUCUCUCAUUUUUGUUUGUUUGGAGAGGGCUGGCCGUUACGUUGAAUAACCCUGCUUCUGCCACAAAGAGGUGCAGACUAUGCCUCUGCCUAUUUUAACCUUUGCAGAUUAUACUGGCAGGGCACUGAGUAGGCUGAGAUUUUCUGCAGGAGACAACUGAUAUCUUCAAGUUGCGAGAAGUGGAAAUACAUUGCCCAAGAGAUGUGGACAGGCUGAGACAUUCUCUUGUCAAGGAAAUAAGUUAUUACAAAACUGUUUACAAUCUGUAAUUGUGAAGCUGCUGGGAGCAACCAUCCAUGAUUAGCAGAGUCUACACACUAUGCCUUAUAAGCACAAUACCUAAAUAUUAUCCAUAGAAAUGUAAUUGCACUAUUAGAUUGCAGCCAGAGUAUCACAAUUAGUCUACAAAAAGGAUGUUGGUUCCAAAACUCAUCUUGUGCGACAUACUUGAAGGAAGACACAGGCUUUAGUAGACUUGAGACUUGUCCAUCUCUUGGAUGUCUGUAGAAGUUUAGAUUGUGGAUUAAUCGGUCUAAAGACUGACACCGAGAACUUUCCCAUGGCUCUAAACUCCCUGAUGAUUUGACAUGUUUAUUAUAUUAAUAUUGACUUGUUAACAUGGGGUCUGACGCUCAUUUUAUGACCCAUAAUACGCCUGGCUAGACGUUAGACAGCCUAUAUUUUAGUGGGUUCAAAUCAGGCAGUUUGAUUCUUCUGGAAUAUGUCCUACCUUACAGGUAAAAUGGGAACAUUUAGAGGGAAAAUCAUAUGUAACCCCCAGAAAAAUGUCCCAAUAGUAUUGACUGUAAAUGUUUCAAGAAAAAUGGAAUCCUUCCACCCCCCCUAAUAUAUUUUAUUUAUUUAUUUUAUUUUUAACCUCUUUUAGGAAGUCUAUAUGCAUUCUGCAACACCUAUAGUGACCACAGGGUGUCGCUGAAUCCUACCUUUAGCCAUGUACUUUGCAGGCUCUAUAGGUAAGACUGAGUGUCAGGGUAAGUAUAAAAUGCAAAGUGCAGCGUAGACAUUGGAUGUGUUAAGACGUGAGCGAAGUUUAAAACAAAACAAACUCAGAAAUAGUUGCACUAGGUGCAGCUAACAGUUGGUCUAACCACCAGACUGGGGAAAUACCCCAGGACUCUAAAAAAUUGCACAGAAGAAGAGAUAUAUAAUGUUUCACGUGUUUUAUUUUCAAAUGACAAGCACUUGUAUAGGUUUUUUUUUGUUUGUUUUUUUUUUUUUAUGUUCGCUAAGCCACGUAGUGGUGUUUUUUUAUUUAACAAUAGAGUAAGGAAUGUAGAAGCCAUUGGCAUAUUCAUGGAUUAUUCACUUAAUUAUGAAUUUGAAAUUCACUUUGAAUACAUUUCCAAAUUCCAGACAUAACACAUGCUUUAGUGACUAACCCAGGCACUAUUCUACAGUAAUGUUGUAGUAAGAAAUUCCGACAUGCUGAUCUUUAUUCCAUAAAUUGGAAGUUGUGGAAGACUGACAGGGGGAUCACAUGUCAGAAUAACUUAACGAGCUGGAAAAUAUAGCUGCACUGAGAUUUUUUCCUAUUAAUGUUUUCCAUUCCCUUGUCAACUCUCUAUAAUUCCAAAUUUAGUAAAAAGACCCUAAAUAAAUGAAAAGACGAGAGCAUUUUAAGAGGGUACUGUCAACAAGCUUACUUUAUAAAGCUUGCUUAUGUUAUUAGUGGGAAAUGUGAAUCGAAAUGGGGUUAAUUGCACAUUUAGGCAAAAAUGGCAGAUACCGAGAUAUUCUCCAAAUUGGCAAUAGUAAAGCUUGGAUAUUUUAGUCCACGUUUACUAUUCAAAUUUGGAGUUGCUACAGUUUGGAGUUUAGUGAAUUGAUGACAGAAGAAAUUCAGAGUUAGAAAUGAGCCAGUAAUUAUUAUAUUAUUAUAUGCUGCUGGUAUAAUAGCUCAAUAGGCUAAUGCAUCAUCAGUUGAAUCUGUUCAACCCUUGGGUAGCAGGUUCCCGCAAAUCCUGGCAGCCCUUCAUCCUUCCGAGAUAGAUAAAAUGAGUACCAUUAAAUUGGGUAAUAGUAACAACCCCUGGAUGUUGAGCUAAGGUAACAUCCCCAGGACGUACAUGUAACUCAGUUCUCUGAAUGUACCUUUCCUGGUUAAAUACUUUUGUUAUUAUUAUUAGUAGAUAGGAAGAUGGGCCAGUCUAUUCUACUCUGUCAUAUUAACUUGCUUCAUAGGAUUAUACCCUGAAUUAUGCAUUAUUAUUAUUAUUUAUUAGACUACGGAUACCGACAUAUCUGAAAUAUAGCACUUUACACUGGGGGGGGCAAUUAAUAGUGCAUUGACAAAAAAUUUUUAUUUUUGUCUAAAUAUUUGCAUUUUCAAUUUGGAAUAUAGUGUUAUGAGAACUGUUUUUAGUUAUAUAUUUUUUCCUUUUCCCUCUUUAGUUUUGUUAUUUUGUCCUAAAUUCUGAAAAUUACAUUUACAAUUCACUCACUAGUAAAGGAAUCAAACUCUAGGUAUAGGAAGAAAUUAGUGAUUUCGGUCUCCGGGAACCCAAUACAACAGACUGAGGAGCCAAGACGUUUUCGUAAGAUGCAUAUAUUCAUAGGAAAUGUGUUUAGAAAGAUAUAUGCUUCCAAUGUGUUAUCCUAGUGUUUGAGUCAACCUGUCAGUGAAGCUAAUUUCGAAGUCUUUUUUACCCCUACAGGAAUCCCCAGCAGGGCCUGGCCUAUGUCCUCUCUGGGACUGGUUAUCUCCUGUGCAGAAGUCCAGCCAUGCUCAAUAAUUACAAUGAUUUCUGUGAAAUUAAACUGUAGCAAGAGGUUUUUAGAAGUUUUAAAUAUUUUCUUUUUAAACCGAAAUAAAAACCGUUUUCAGUUUG